AUGCGCCGAAGCCGGACGACGGUGUCCUUUCUGAGUAUGGAGGUAAGGAAAAAUAAUGUGCGGGGAUCCCUGUUUAGGGAAGCUUUUAAUGUUUAAUAGGUGAUUGUAUUUUAGUGUUUUGUUGGGAGCCGCCCAGAGUGGCUGGGGAAACCCACCCAGACGGGCGGGGUAUGUAUGCAUGCAUGUAUGUAUGUAUGUAUAAAUAAAUAAAUUAUCAUUAUUAUUAAUAUUAUUAUUGAUUAUUAUUAGGUGUCUGUGGGUGCAGGUUGGUGAGCGCCCAGCCAGGAGGGCGACGGACAAUAUUUGGGGUGAGGUUGCGGUUAAUAUCAGGUUACCAGAUUUUUUUCCAAUGAUUCCGGGGACACUUUUCAACUUCCUGCUAAAUAGAUGGAUUUUGUCAGGGGACUGAUUUGUAAAUCCGGGGACUGUCCCCGGGAAACGGGGGCGUCUGGUAACCUUAGGUUAAUAAGUUCUGGACCCCUUCCAGUCUUGCUCAAAUCCCAAAGCGCCUUCAGUGCUCUGCCCUCUUCUUUGCAAGAGGGUCUUGUAAAUAAAAUCUGCCCUUCUUCCCUUAUGGGGUGUCCAAGAGCCCGUCUAUAGUUCUCAAGUAGCUUCCCUAUCGGUAGGAGAAAAUAACAGAGGCCAAGCAGAGAAUACUGAGAAGCAAAGCGGCUCAUAAGCCUGAUCUUUAUUAUCUGUUGCAACAGGGUCCCCAGCUCACCCCACACAAGGAGGGAGGAGGAACCCAGAAUAAUGGGGUGCAAGCUCUUAUAUAGACUCUUGAAAUUGCCCCCCUUGUUGCCAAGGGAUGCCCAAACUUUUUCCAAAGAGGGCCAGAUUUGACAAAGCGAACAUGCGUCAGGGCCGAGCAAAGCUUUUUUUAGGAUUGAAGUUGUUGAGCUUUUUUUACAAUUGUACCCCAGUACCCCAAAGUUGUUGAGCUUUCUUUAGGAUUUAACCCCAGUGCUGUUGUGCUGUUCAGCUUUUUUAGGACUGAAGUUGUUGGUUUUUUGGUUUUUUUACAAUGCUGAGCUUUUGGGGGGAUUUUACCCCAGGACAUAUACUGCCACGGGGGCUGCAUUUAAUCGACCGGCGGGCCGGAUUAGGCCCCCGAAAUGGAUUUGGAGGUGCCUGGUAUAGACUUUUUUAAUUGCCACCCUGCAAUCUACAGAAGGGGCAUCUACAUCAGAAUCCUGUCUGCCAGGUUACCUGUUGAUGGGUUUACCUGGUUGUUAAUAGAUUUACCUGGAGAGCCUGGCCCUCCUUUUGUGAGGAUAAAUCUUAAUUUCUGAGUCCAGGUCUCCUGCUCCCCUCUUCACCCCCAAAGGUGCCCUUCAGGCAGGAUUUGGGAGCAGGGAGACAAGGGGGAAGCUUUUCCCCUUUCCAUCCAAACUGCAGAGGAAGAGUUGAGGUCCCUGAAAGAGUCAAAAGGGCUUCAGGACUGUCUUCCUGUCCUGUUUCAGGCAUGUGGCUUAUACACUUAUGGAUGUGUCUGCCUGGUACGUUUAUGAACAUUUAUUUUACACCUUAGACCUUCUAAUUCUCAUAACAUUAGUUAUGAUUCUUAAUUAGUCCUUGAGCAUCACCUGAGUCGCAGCAUCACUUUGGACUGGCGCUUGCUGGUCAUUUUCUGACAGGAAAUUUUCCUCCUUUUAAUCAAAUAACUCUAGUACUUUAUUAAACCGGUUGUUCUGUGUCUCUGGGUACGUUUCUGUGUGGGAUUUCACUUCGUAUCACGACGCUGCCACCAAUUAAUAUGGGCACAACAGCCCUUUUCCCCCUGGCGCCAUUGGGUCCAUUCUCUCACUUAGAAAUGGAGCGCCCACCUCAGAGAACACCACUUCUGUUCAACUUUAUAUUUUUCUUUCUCUGCUUCAACUUUAGCCAGUUCCAAUCUUAGUCUCAUCAUCUCUCAUUCACUGGAGGAUUUUCCUCAGAUGCAGCAGCUGGGUCAUCCUGAGUCUCUGGCUUGGCGCUUGCUGGUCAUUUUCUGACAGGAAAUUUUCCUCCUUUUAAUCAAAUAACUCUAGUACUUUAUGAAACCGGUUGUUCUGUGUCUCUGGGUACGUUUCUGUGUGGGAUUUCACUUCGUAUCACGAUGCUGCCACCAAUUAAUAUUAAUAAUACCGUAGACCUUCUAAUUCUCAUACCAUUACUUCUGCUUAAUAGUCCUUGAGCAUCACCUGAGUUGCAGCAUCGCUCAGCCGGCACAAAAAGAGUUUGUUCUCUUUCGUUUUUAGUGCAGGUUGCAGAACUUUCCCGCCUGGCAUUUCCCCUCCCUUUCUCUGCUUUUUGCCUCAGCAAAAUGGCAGCAGUUCUCAAUUCAGAUUCUGGAGUUUCCCGCCUUCCUCCCUUUCACAAUGGCUGCCUGGCUGCCCAGACCGGCCGGUUUUCAGGAGUCUGUGGCCCAGAGAAGCAAAAUCCGCUUUUCUCGUCUCUGCUCAGUUCCAACGUUUUAUUUUCCUCAAGGAUGUCCAAAAGAAAAAAGGAACAUAGAUAGUGUAAUAACACUAUCUAAGACGGAGAAAACUUUUGCUCCGUUUCCAAAGGAGAGAGCAACGUUCGAAGAGAUGGGUCAAGUUGCAAAGGCUUGGGAAUAUUGCGACGGCCCUUUUCCCCUUGGCGCCGUUGGGCUGUUCUCUCACUUCAAAAUGGAGCGCCCACCUCACAGAACACCACUUCUGUUCAACUUUAUCUUUUUCUUUCUCUGCUUCAACUUUUGCCAGUUCCAAUCUUAGUCUCCUCAUCUCUCAUUCAGUGGAGGAUUUUCCUCAGAUGCAGCAGCUCUGCACUGGGUCAUCCCCAGUCUCUUUGGCUUGGCGCUUGCUGGUCAUUUUCUGACAGGAAUUUUUCCUCCUUUUAAUCAAAUAACUCCAGUACUUUAUGAAACUGGUUCUUCUGUGUCUCUGGGUCCGUUUCUGUGUGGGAUUUCACUUCAUAUCACGGCGCUGCCACCAAUUAAUAUGGGCACAACGGCCUCUCACUUCCAAACAGAGCGCCCACUUCCACCAAUUCCCUCAAACUCCCUCAGAUUGUUUUGUAAGGGACUUGCGUGAGGUAAAACUGAAGAAUUGGGAGUCUCAGGCAGGAUUUGUUCAAAUGAACAAGAACGGUUUUCUUGAACAAGGAAGUCUAUGAUCCGGGUGGAUGAAACUUGGGAGACCUCAGCUUACAAUGUUAUUUCAUGUCAAGGUUUUCUCCGUUGUUUUGCACUUAAUCCUUUGGCUCUGAACAAGGUGGUCCUUUCUGUCAGUUACUCCUGAGGGACUUCCAAGUAGCAGACCCAAGAGAUGGCCGCUUUGGGAGGCUUCUCUUUCUGGAAGAAUCUCUCCCCUCCGGACUGGAAGGAGACCCAAGGAGACGUCUCUUUCCACCUUCUUUCCUCCUGUUUCCGCCUCAGCCUCCCAGUUCAUUCCUGGCCUCAUUACUCUUCUAGGUGUUCUGAGAAUUGUAAGGUCUGAGGUAUAAAAUGCAGUGGUACCUCGGGUUAAGAACUUAAUUCGUUCCAGAGCUCCGUUCUUCACCUGAAACCGUUCUUAACCUGAGGUACCACUUUAGCUAAUGGAGUCUCCCGCUGCCACUGGUGCACAAUUUCUGUUGUCAUCCUGAGGUAAAUUCUUAACCUGAAGUACUAUUUCUGGGUUAGCAGAGUCUGUAACCCAAAGUGUUUGUAACCCGAGGUACCACUGUAAAUCUACCAGGCAAACACAUACAUAAAUAUAUAAGCCGCAUGCCUGAAAUAGUACAGGGAAAAAGUCCUGAAACCAUUUUGUCUCUCCCAAAUUGACCUCAAAUGUUUCUUAUUCGUAUCUUAAAUGUGCCCUGAAGGCAGGAUUUGUGAGCAAAGAGACAAUGGAGAGGUUUUUUUCCUUCCCUCCCUUCUUGCAGAGAAACAUUUGGUCAGUUGGGGAGAGUCAAAAUGGAUUCAGGACUGUCUUCCUGUACUGUUUCAGACAUGGUGCUUAUAUAGUUAUGCAUGUGUUUGCCUUGUAAAUUUAUGAUCGCCAAAUUUAUAUAUCAGAGACCUUAAAUUCUUAUAACAAGGGGAAGGAAUUACGGCUCUGCUUUUAGUCCUGUUGGAAGAAUUCCCGGCAGGAUAAGCGGCUCAGUUGAAUUUAGCAGCUGUGGCAGCCAGAGGGGAAGGGGCUCCAGGCUUCAAAAACCUUUGCGCGCAUCUUUCCGCCAGGCGAGAGCGGCCCCAAUCCCAGGAACGGCUUUGACUGGCCGGCUGAACCAGGAGAGGGGAGCCGAGGGGGCUCAGACCUUGCAUGUGAAGACCUCACUUCUUGGGGGGAACCCAGAGAUGGACCCCGGGGUCCGGGGUGGAGACGCUCCUUUAGGUCUACUGGGCCAUUUAGGGCUUUCAGGGUCAGCACCAACACUUUGAAUUGUGCUCGGAAACGUCCUGGGAGCCAAUGCAGGUCUUUCAGGACCGGUGUUACUGGUACAUUGGUCUUGGCGGCCGCUCCCAGUCCCCAGUCUGGCUGCUACAUUCUGGAUUAGUUGCAGUUUCUUCCAAGGCAGCCCCAUGGAGAGCGCAUGGCAGUAGCCCAGGCAUGUUCAAAGUCCGUUUCGGGGGCCUGAUCCGGCCUGCCGGUCGGUUUGAUCCAGCCCCUGUGGCAGUUUAUUUCCUGGGGUAAAAUCCUAAAAAAAACUUAACAGCGUCAAUCCUAAAAGAAGCUCAACAACUUUUGGGUAAAGAUCCUUUAAAAAGGUCAACAACCCCCGGGCCUUCACUUUAUCAAAUCUGGCCACUGCAGCAGUCCAAGCAGGAGAUAGCCAGAGGGGGUGUCCAGCGGUCAAGAAGGCAAUUUCUGCCUGUGCCGUGGGGGGAAGCGAGGGGCAGGUGGGGCUCGUCCCCCCGGGAAAGGAGCCCAUCUGGGAGAAGGGAAACUCUGACCCUAAACGUAAAUCUCUGGGAGAAGAAAAGGCUCCGCAAAUCCUGAGCGGAGUCUUCCUCCUCCCGCCCUCGGUCAGGGCAGGCAGGCCCUGGCUUGCCCUCCGGGUGCUGGGCGAUGGGUGCCCCUUCUCUCCGGGUUCCUUGGCAACGGGUCACGCUUCUUGGCCUCUUUGUCAGUUAGCGGCGGAGGACCGGUUAAGAAAACAAGCCGGAAUUCCCCCUCGUUCUGGGCUCUUCUUGGCCUCUUAGCGUGCCAGCUGCAGUGCCCACCAGGGCUGGCAGGUCCUUCGCUUGCAGAUUCUGCUCAUGCGAUGCCAAGCAGGCGAUGAUGCCCAUCUCCGGGUCCAAAUGUGCUUUUUUUGAAUACACAGUUCAAAGGGUUGGGGCUGAUCUUUAAAGCCCUAAACAGCCUCGGUCCAGUUGACCUGAAGGAGCAUCUCCAGCCCGAACACCUGGGUCCCUCUCCCAAGGGCCUUCUCAGUGCAAGAAGUGAGGUUACAGGGAACCAGGCAGAGGGCCUUCUUGGUGUGGUGCCCGCCCUGUGGAACACCCUCCCAUCAGAUGUUAAGGAAAUAAACAACUAUCUGACUUUUAGAAGACAUCUGAAGGCAGCCCUGUUUAGGGAAGUUUUUGGAGUUAAUGGAGGUUUUCUUCUGCUUUUCAAUAUUCUGUUGGGGGCCGCCCAGAAUGUCUAGGGAAACCCAGCCAGAUAAGUGGGGUAUAAAAAAUAAAUUAUUAUUAUUAUUAUUAUUAUUAUUAGGCAGGCUUUGCAAAGCUCUUUUUUUUUUUUAAGACACCCUGAUUGAUUCUUGUUCUCUCUGCUGGUUUAAAAUGUUCUCCUGUUUGGGAUUUGCUUUAAUUUUACUUUAUACAGUAUAACUGUUUUUUUCUAGCCGUGGUGCUUCACUGGCCUAGAGACGGUACAGGCCUUAAGCAAUAUAUUGUAAUAAUUAUAAUAACAGUCUGACCGUGGGGCGCACUCCCUCAAGGGUGUGGAUGCUCUCCUUCACUGGACAUUUUCUAGCAGAGGUCAGAUGGCCACCUGUUGGGGGCUCUUCUGCAUUGUGGGGGGGAGGUUGGACUAGAUGGUACCUGGGGUUCCCUUCCAGCCCAAUGGUUCUGCAAAACAGCCAAGCUGCUUGGGAAAGCAAGCUUGAAAAGUGGGGAAUAAGCACCUAAAAUAAAGACGCAGCGGUUAAACAAAAUGUCUCCCGUUCCCCAGGCUGACGCUUGGCCCAAAUCUCUUAACGUGUGUCUGGAUUUUGGGGAGGGGGAUUUGAACCCACAACCCGCUUCCUCCAGCUUCCUUCCACCCAUCUUGGAGGCCAGGUCUGGCAGGUGCUCUCAGGCGGAAAUGAUUGGCAGCCGAGCCGUGAGAGAGAGAGUGGCCGUGCCUGCCCGUAAGUGGCAAUUAACCCUCCUGCGGCGCUAAUUGGCACCCCAGGGCAACCGUCAGAGAGAGAGAAAGAGAAAAAGCAGCUUGUUGGCAAGGAAUCAGAAAAGCAGGUGCUCCCUCUGUGCGUGUUUGUUCCUUAGCUGAGCCUUUUCCCAGGUGCAGAGGGGGAGUUUGGCUGAUAAACUCCCACAAGAAGAGGUCAGCUUCCGGUUUAAAUGAGCACUAAGAACCACAAGGACUAGGAGCUUGUUUUCUUUUGAAGGGGAAGUCCAGAGCUUUGCAUGUAGAAGCUCCCAGGGUUCGAUCCCCAGUAUCUCCAGUCCCCAAACCCUGGAUUGCUGCUGUCACACUGAGCUAGAGGAGCAAAAUCAUAGUUGGAAAGGGACCCUUUGGGUCAUCUAGUCCAACCCUCUGCAGCACUGCUCCCUAUGGGGACUGAACCUGCAACCUUGGCGUUAUCAGCAUGCUCUAACCAACUGAGCUGUUCAGACUGACUGUUGGGGCCCUUCCUCCCUUCCUGUUUUAUUUGGCAUCAUGAGGACUGACACCUUGCUUCGCCUUCAGAGGAAGAACGAGAUCUUACUGCUUUUGUUCCCCCUUCCUUUCCUUUUUCUAAAAUGGCUCGCGUUGCUUUUUCUUUGGAGCGAUGUCAUAUGAAGCAAUAAUAAAUAUGGAGGCGAGGGGAUGAAUUUUUUAAGCCUUUGCUGGAGGCUAAUGCUUGCAGUUAAUGGAUGCUGUCCAUAGAUGGAGCUAGGAGAUGGAUCGAACUCGGCGCCUCUUCAAUCAACCCACCCGCCCUCUCCCUCCCUCCCUCCCUCCCGCCCUCCCUAAGAGUCAUCCUCGAAAAGUCUUUUCAGGGUGACGGUGAUCCAGUCAUAAGGACACCCAAAGACCACCACCAUCUUCCUCUUCUUCUUCUUCUUCUUCUUCUUCUUCUUCUUCUUCUUCUUCUUCUUCUUCUUUCCCUCGUGAUUGUCUUCCAUAAACACGGUUUUAACAGUGAGUCCGUGACUGUGGAGGCCAAUUCUGGAUCCCCAUGUUCUUCCACAGUGGGGACAUUGGUUUCCGGGCGGGAGUUGAUCACGGUGAGGGUUUGCCAAGUGUGCCUUCCUCUUGGCACGUUUCUCCCUUGCGUCCUGAGUUCAAGUUUCUUCAAAGCCCACAACACCUUUGGGAAAGGCUGUUCUCUAACUGGAGCGCUCACAGGCCAGUGUUUCCCAAUUGUCGGUGUUUAUACUAUUUUUUUUUUAGAUUUGCCUUGAGAGAGUCUUUAAACCUCUUUUGUUGACCACCAGCAUUACACUUUCCAUUUUAAAGUUUGGAAUAGAGGAGUUGCUUUGGAAGACAACUUCAUCAGGCCAGUCCAACGAAGCUGAUGUUGAAGAAUCAUUGCUUUGACACUGGUGAUCUUUGCUUCUUCCAGUAAACUGGCAUUAGUUCGCCUGUCUUCCCAAGUGAUGUGUACAAUUUUUCGCUCCCCUCCAGCCUGUCAGGUCCUUUACAUAUAUUGCCACUCCCUUCCUGUUUUCUUGUUUGAUAUGUGCCUUUUGAAUAGUUUAUACUCCUCCAUUUCUACAUUUCAGUCAUGAGUCUCAUCCCACUAGGUUUCAGUUACCCCUGUUAAGUCGUAUUUGUCAUACUGUCUUAAGAGCUCCAAUUCUUCUCGCUUAUUCCCCAUACUCUGUGCAUUAGUAUAGAGACAACUGAAACCACAGAAUCACAGAACUGUAGAGUUGGAAGGGACCUUGAGAGCCAUCUAGUCCAACCCCCUGAAAUGCAGGAAUCCUGCCCCACAGCUGUUCCUGGGGCAGGAAGAACCAGAUGUGCAAAUAUAGGAUGGGGGACACAAAUGUUAUUCUAGGCAGCCACAUGCACUGAUCCAGAAGUUUCCUACCCCUUAGCAGGUUUCUGCAGCACUGCUGCAGCUUCCAACGAUCGUAUUUAAUCCAGCCCUUUGCUGAGGACUAGAAUCUUACUUUUUUAAUUUACUGUAGUCCCUUAUGCCUUUUAUUCAGAGCUUUAGUGUGUCAUUCCAACUCAGCUUCCUGUUUCCGAUAGCAGGGCACACAAGCAACAGCGUUCCCUUGUGGUUCGUCCCUUCAUAGCUGGUGUUCACAGGUAGACUGCCUCUGAACCUGGGGGUUCUCUUUAUUUUAGGAAGAUGGGCAAUGUGGCAGCCGGAUGAGGAAAGGGCGCCUCCCCAAAUGGUCUGAGCACACUGCUGACCCCCCCCUCUCUUUUCUCUCCUCCCCAGAGAUCCCGAGAGCAGCUGGACUUGGGGCCCGGCGUCGGAGCUCUCCCAGGGAACGCCGUCAAGCGCCGUUUCUCAGGGACGCUGUUGCUGCCGCCCCUCAUCUCCCGGCAUGUGGCAGGCACUGACCUCAGCCGUGCCCCGGAGACAGAACACGGCAGGGUUGUUUUCACCAUCGAGGAGACACCCCCAGCCAGCAUCGAAGGCACCAGCGUUAUGAGGUAAGAGGUGGAGUUUUCCCCUGAUGGUGUCGAGAAGGAAAGACCCAGGGCAUGUCGUGGGCUGUCAAAUCUGCACGGUUUUUGGUGGCUUCUGAGCCUGCACAGAGUGUCCUCCUCUGAGAAGUUAGGAGCUAAGAACUGCCUCUCGCCUCUCUCUUUUUGGAUAGAGUCUCCAUUCCAUGCCGAGAUUGAACUCGUACAGCCAGCAUCCUCUGGGGUGGAGGGGGGUGGCAGGUAGAGUCCCUCGGGGGCCAGAUAGCAAGCCUGGGGGGCCACAUCUGGCCUCUCCCCCAGCCUGGGGCUCACAGGCCCUGCAGCUCUGUUUACCUCUUAGAUAAGAGAGGAAAGAAAAGAUGAGGAAGAUUGCCAAUUUCCUUUCCCUGCUCAGGCUCCUGUGCAUUUUUCACAGCUCUGUAGCAGGCAUAAAUCUAGGGACCCCCCACCCCCGUUUGCCUUGGUGAUAAAAGUGAUUUGGACGGCAACAUUUCUGCCUGCGAGUCCCCCUUCCCCGCAUGAUCCACCAGAGGCAGGAGGAAGAAUUGGAGCAGUCAAACCACUUUAUUGCUCGUCUUGGUAAUAAUUAAGCUGUUGCAGAAAUUGACUGGCUGAUUGAUUGAAUUUCCUUUGCUUUUCCACUGCAAGGCACAAAACCGGCUUCUGUGGGAAGGAGGAGGGGUGGGCAAUCGUUUCGGGCAGAUUAAAUUUCAAUUCUGGUUUAAAGACGUGCUUGCGUAAAAAGUUUCCUGCCUGGUUGCAAGUUCAUUUUCUGGCAGCAUCUCCGGGGAGGGCUUGGACAGACACCCCACCACCUGAAACGCUGGAGAGCGGCUGCUUCCCUUCAGUGUAGCCAGUGCUGAGCUAAGUCUGAUUCUGUAUGAAACAGCUCCCUAUUAAAAUCAGAACACUGAAGACUAGAAUCUUGCUUUAUUGUUAGGGGAAGGAACAUAGCCAAGUUCCUGUAUGGUUCAAUCCUAGAUGGCAUCUCUAUGUGGGGCCGGGAAAAAUGACUCCUCUCUCACACACCCUGGAGAGCUGCUGCCAGCCCGUGCAGGCAUCAUUGGGCUUGAGGGGCCAAAGGCCUGGCUUAGCAUCAAGGGAGUUUCUGUUGGUGUUUUUACAGUGUCUCCCCCACCUCCCCUUUAUGCACCAUCCGUCAAAGGGAAGGAGCCGCUGGAGGGUGUUUUGAUUGCUGCUUUUUCAUUUCUGCUGGUUGCAAAAAGAGUUUAGGGGUGUUUGUGUGCAUUUUAACAUUUAUUUCUCCCCCAGUUUGAAUGGGGACAGCUCCCAAAGAAAUAAACCAGCCGCGUCUGCAUUUGCCUGGUAUUUCUUGGUGGCAGUUUAAAUGAGAACGGGCUGGUGGUGCCGCUAAGGGUGACUCAGCUGGCAGCAGCAGGGGCUCCCCCAAGAAGGGAAAUGGGUGAGUGGCAAGGCUGGUACUCUUGCCGCCCCUUGCCCAGGACAGGCAGAGGGGGCACCAUGGAAUUGUAGAGUUGGAAGUCGUCCAAAUCCCUGAGUCCCCCCAGGUCUGAAUCUGACACUCUAACCACUACACAACACAGUCUCACUAGCCACUCUAUGACACCCCGCUAACACCCAUCACAACCUGCUCCCUGCAGUGGAAGGAGAGGCACCCCAGAAGUAGCUGGCGCUGUUCCUUGCACCCACCCAACCACUUUGACAACCCACACGCGAAAAGCACACAGGACUCCUGGGUUCUGUUUAACGCCAGGUAAUCCACUUAGGGGGUUCAGAGCACGGGGGCUGCCCUAAGGUUGCUUCUGAGGGGCCAGGGGGCCGGGUUUGACUUCGGAUUCCUCAGGGCUGCGUCAUGUUUUUCCUGCAUUGCGGGGGGUUGGUCUAGAUGUCCUUCAGGAUCCCUUCCAGCUCUACGAUUCUAUUAUUCUAUGUUCCUGAAUAAAAGAAGAGCCUGCUGGGAAACAAGCAUGUGCAGAGCGCGCCCCUUCUCGUCGCCUCCGGCCUGAGCCCUCCGUCUCCUUUCCCGGACAGAGUGGCGCCUCUGGUCUGACCACUGGGUGAGCCGCUUUUUGGGGGGGCGGGAGGGGGGCGGGGAGGAGAGGGCUGUCAGCAGCGCGGCUCCCUCCCUGCUGCCUGCCUGCCUCCCUCGCCCGGCUAAUGAGCUCCACAUAAAUCUCGCCCGGAGCGCGCUGUCCGCGCCGGCUCUAUAUAACGGAGAGCGCGGGCCGGCGAGGCGGAGGCGGCGUCUGGAGCGCGCGGGGAGAAGCCGGGCUGCCCGGAGAAAGUUUGCCGCCUCGAGCUCUUUCCGUCUCCCGCCUCUGCGCCGCUUGGCUCCGGCCCCUCGCCUUCAGCACCGCGCCAUGGCGGACAGCAGCACCUCCCGGCGCGCCCUGGAGCUGAGCCGCCAAGGCGCCGGGCUCGCCAAGCCGCCCAAGCACCUGUGGCGCCAGCCGCGCACGCACAUCCGCAUCAAGCAGCGCUUCCACUCCGACACCGAGCGGGACCGCCAGGCCCGCGCCUCCCUCCGGCCGGCCCUCCAGAACCCCAGGAUGUCCUGGCCCUCCUCGCUCCACCGCCGGUAAGAGCCUCCCCUCCCGGGCGCGCCUUCACGGUGGAACCCUUCCUUAGCUCGGCGCACGAGCCCCGCGCGUCUGACUUCGGAGAGAUCCGUCUCUUCCGAGGAAACCGAAUUGUAGAGUUGGAAGGGACCCACAGAGGCAUCUAGUCCACCCCCUGCAGUGGAGGCGCGCCUUGCAGCUGGACUGCUGAGCAACCACACCUGGGGGAAGGGGAGCUUAGCGUGUUUGGGGUGGGAGGUGGGUGUUAAUUUGCCCACGAGGCCCCUGCGCUGGAGGAAGGCGCCGAAGUCGCGUGCGUUCGAUCCGUUUUCUUUCCCGCCCUCCGGAGACCUCCGUAUCACCUGAGGCUCCAAAGAUGCGCCCUCGGGGUGGAUCGCGGAGAGGGGGCGUUGGGGGUCUGGAGGGGCGAGAGAGGACUUCUCAUUUGCGGGAAGUACCUUGUGGAGGGGCAGGGCGCAGCAACGGGCAAGCAGAGCGCAUCCUGAACUUGGAGAGGUUUCGGCGAAGGAGCUUCCUGUGCGCCCUGAGGCUCUCUGGAUGACGGCUCUUCGGGGUGGCUGGGCGACCUGCGAGGGGCGGGGGAGAGAAACGUGGCUGCUUAUUUUGUAGGGGGGGGGUCCGUCUCCUUCACCCAAGGCGAGGCGUGGGGCCCCUCUAAGAACCUGUGUGCGCUCUGGCGCUCCACGGACGCAUCGCCUCUCCUCUCUGAAGCUGCCCUUUGCGCUGAGUAGGGAAUGGGGGGGGGGUGCCUACAUUUGGUGUGUUUCUUUGGGGGGGCGGGAUCUCGCACUAUAGGAGAAGCUUCGGAGCUGCGCGCAUCCCGCAUUGGAGAGGGUCUCUGCGCGCGCGCCCUGGAUUUAGGAUUGGGGAGAGCACAAAAACAGGAAUCAAUUAAGAGUUGAGGGCAGCGUCACGUUCCUUCUCGGCUAAAACGCGCUGCGUGUUGGGGGGUUUUUUGCGGGUGGGGGUUCUUUGGUUGGCGACCCUCUGCGCUGGUCCAGUGAGGGGAGGUAGGGGCUGGCAUGGAGAUUUUAGGGCUCCGAAGCCACCCUAAUUUUGGAGAGACCGGGGCGUGGUCAGCAGAGCUUCUACCGGGUGUCUGAGAAGGGUCUUCGUGGUGGGUGCGGUCCGGGCGUGGACCAGGGGGGCGCCUGGCCAGGAUGCGGGGUGGUCUCUGUCGCAAACCCCUCUCUAUGGAUAUCUGACCCAAAUGGGCAUUUUCGGCCCGUAAAGGAAGUUCGCUGGUCCUCGUUUCAUCCUCCCCCCUCUAGGCGGGGGGGGGGGGAGAUCUCCAUGGCAGAGCAUCUUAAGAGCCACGGAGCUGUUGUCCUUGCCCUCAAAACGAUGCAAUCUUCUAGUCCUCCUGAUUCUGGUUUCAGCAGCAAGCCGCUUCAUUCCCAGCCAGACCAUUGGUCCGGGUGGUAGUUCUCAUCCCUAUCUGGAGAUUCAGCCUGGAAAUCUUUCGGGUGGUGCAAAACAGGCGUUUCAUUGCUGAUAUAGCAAGAUCCUAGUCCUCAUGGUGCAGAAUAGUUCCACCCUCCAUGGGACAGCCACUGCCUCUCAGCCUAACCUACCUUGCAGGGGGGGGGGUGUGGGGAAUAAAUGAGGAGUGGGAGAUGUCUAGAUGUAUUGCUGGAUAAGUGUUUCAUGGUUUUUGUAUUUGUAUAAAAACCAAUAAAAAGGAUUUUUUAAAAAAAAAAUGAGGCAUGGGAGGAGAACCAUGUACUGUACGCUGCCCCGAGCUCAUUGGAGGAAAAGGUGGGGUAGAAACAUAAGAAUAUAAGACAAAUUCAUGGUGCUGCACCUCUUUGCCCCUGACCAGCGACUGCAUUGGGGUGACCUAGAGUUAGGAGCAUCGGAAGGUCAGACCAUCUGUUCAUCUAGCUUCAUGUUGUCUACUCUGACCGGCAGCCGCUCUUUUCAGACAGGGAGUCUUUUCCUGGUCCUGCCUGAAGACACCAAGGAUUGAACCCUGGGACCUUUUGCGUGCAAAUGAAGUGCUCUGCCCACUGAGCCUGCUUCUGCCAGCACCUCCCUGUGACUUUGCCGCCUCCGUGCCCCGAAGGGAGGGCCUGGGAAGUCCGAGAUGAGCUGCCCUCCUUUUAUUCUCUUUCCGCUCAUUUCCUCCAGGUCCUCCAGGUGCAAUUUGCCAGCCUGGAUGUUCCAGUCCGACCGGGAGAGAGAAAGUAAAAGAGAAUAAUGAGGUUGGUUUCUGCAGCGGCUUUUGUGCGGAAGAGAACAAAGCCAGCCUCUCUCCCUCGUCUUCUUUUGCCAGAUGGAAUUGUCUGUGCAGGGACGGGGAAGUAGGAGAAGCAGGAGAUGGUUCAGAAAUGCCUGCAUUUAUAUGACUCAGAAUAAGGCAGCUUCUCAUACCUCCCUUUCAACCAGAACCUUCAUUCAGGAGCCUUAGAAAAAAGAAGCCUCCAGAGGCAGGGGCAGUCUACCUGCUUUGUGCUCAGAGUUAAGGGAACAUUGCAGCCGCCUGGUCUGCUAAGGCAGCAAGUCGCUGUCCUCUUAAAGUGGGGCAGAAAACGUGUCCCUUUUUGGGGGGGGUGAUGGGUGCAGACUUCUGGGAUUCACGAGCUGCUUUGUCAGGGCGAAGGCCUCAUGCAGAGCCAUGGACACCCUACGAGGUUCUGUCAGGAACUGGUCUGUUUGCUGCUCAAUCUGCCCCGCCGCUAUUUUUUCACCCCCGCAUUGCCACGUUCCUCCUCCUGUUCGCCGCCAUCUGUGCCACCGGCGACAUUUGCCUGCCAAGAACCCGGUCCUCAAGGCGCUUCUGUUGAACCCUGACUUGCAGCUGCUCUUAGCUGGGUCCCGAGUGCUUCCUCGCUGCGUACCCAGAAGAAGGCCAAGUCCCCUCACCCCACCCAACGUCUCCUUCCCCCCCCUCACAUUUUUUUAUUAAUUUCCACAAAAUUAUAAACGAACAAAACACAUAAACAAACAAAUAUAAAUCAUAACCUUAUUAAAAUUACACUUAUUAACAUUGUUAAGUGACUUCCUCGCUUCCCCUUGGUUGAAUUUCCAUGCAUAUCCUUAUAACGGCUUUCCAACUCCCAACGUCUCCUUUUGGCGCCGGCGACGCCACAGAUGGCAGCACAUUCUGUGUUUUAUUUCUGGGAAUAAAACCUUCAGCCCUGGAUUGAGAGGCCCAGCGUGUGGCGUUUCUUUUCCAAGUGUCAUUUUGGAAAGAGUUUGCCCUGUGGCACUCAGGAAAGGGCAGAGACUAGCAUGCUGGUUAAAUUCUUUCUUUCUUUCAUCCGAAACCUCUCUUUUGGCCUCUGUCUUUUUUUCCUGUGUGGAUUAAAGCUGAGCUCAGUGGAGCCUCCCCUGGGCAGGGCUGUUAACCACUGAGGAUCAGAUGUCAGGGACACACAGACACACACAAAGGGAAUCAGAUGGCCCUGAUCCAGCACGCCUCUGCUCGUGUCUUCUGGAUAAACUGGGUUUAACCACUGGGCACUCCCACCAACAGCACUCUCUUGCCAAAGAGGGUGCCCGUUGUGCCUCUGUGCAACCCAGCGACCUCUUUCUGCUGAGAGCGGCUGUAGAGCAAGCCACCCGCUAGAGAGGAUGCUGUCUGUGCCGACACCAUCAGAGCAGGUGGUACCCGUGGAACAGGAACUCCCAGGGAAAGACAGAGGGGCGGCAUGCUCAACGAGAUUCUGCGAUGCCCUGAAAGCCCUGGGACUCUCUUUGCCCUAAAGCGCAACGUCCCCAAAAGGCUGGUUGAUGGAUCCAUGCUUUGCCAAACUGCAGAGUACAGAGCAGAUGGUCUCUAUGGCAGUCUCAGUCCCUUCCCAAACCGAAGCCUGUCUAUUUUUAAUACCAAAGUCUGAGAUGAUUGAUGGGGAGGAGAAGAGCGAGAGGUUUGUGUUUUUGUGUUUGUGUGUGUCACAUGUACACUCGCACACCAUCACAGCAGAGCAAUUUUUGUCUCGGAACAGAGUGCCACCUGCCAUCUGAAACCCCAACGAGGACAAACCUUGCAACUAGCUUAGCGCUGAAUAUAUUCGCAGAGGGGAAAUGAAGGCUCAUUUUGAAAAGAGUUGAACGGGGCAGGUUCUCGAGGCGGUGAGAAUGGCGGCGGCAAGUGAUGGCAAACAGACUUCAACAAAGAGCUUUGUGCUGUUAUAGAUUUGGGGGGCCCCCUAAACCCUAGAAAUUAAUAAAUUGCAUAGGAUUUGGAUAAUUUGGGAUGUGAAGGGAGAAAUUUUGCUUCAGAGGAAUUUUGCUUGGCCCUAGGCAAAACCACCUGGCCAAACCAGGGCCAUUUAAGAAACAAUAUGGGGCCGUCGAGGGCCACAGGCAAUGCAAGAGAAUUUCUUCCCCCUUGCUGAGAGGUGUGGACAGAGACUGGGGAUUGUGGGAAUGUGGGUAGCAGGAGAGGAUAUAUUGAUUAAAUAUUAUCCUUCCUCACUCAUGCUAGUGAGCUGGUAGCAGAGUAUAUUCCCCAGUAUAUUGCAGGAAGCUAGUUGACAGAUUUGUUUGAAUCUCUUGAGUUAAGCAAGUCAGUCUGGCUUGCCCACAUUGGAUUGUUCCUGGUAAAUUCCCCUUUAAUCCCUUUAAAAAAGAAUAAAGACACAACACUCUUCUCUUAGAAGAAACAAGAAGUUUACUUACAUUCAGUUCACAGUUUGAUCCUGAAGGCAGGCUCUAGCUUGUAGUUACAGAAGAGAGAGUGGGUUUAUCCCAUGUGGGGAUUGAGCCCAUGUGCUGCUGGCUGAGAGCCAGCAGACAGCAAAAGACAUCAAGAUGGAAUAAACUGAAGAAGAAGGGGGAAGAUGGCUGCGUGACCGGCCCUUUGAUGGGGGUCUGCUAGGGUCACGCCCCUCUACCUGGUCACACACAGAGGGAAGAUGCUCCAGACCAGGUGAGACAGGAAGUCCUCCUGGCUGGAGGAACCUCCCCCUCUGGGUCAAUCCACGAGUUGGAGUCUUGAAUUGCUGGAGCAACAAAAAUCCUUUCUACUUGCAUUUAUAUCUUUAUCUAUAUCUGCAAAGUUUGUGAGCUGUAUGUAUACAGCAACGCCUUGACCUGUAUUACUGAAGCCUUAUCUUCUGCAGCAGUUUUGAACCUUCAGUUGCCUCUGUGUAGUGACUGGAACUGUGGGCAACGUCUGUUUUGUGGGUAUCUCAGCACCAUAAAUUAACUCUGUGCCGCAUAAAGAAGUCUUCUCUUUUAUCUGUCUUGAAUCAACACUCCGCUCCGUCAGAAGUCCCUAAGUUCCAGUGUUCUGCAAGAGGGAGAGAAAACUUCUCUCUAUCCUCUUUAUCCAUCAUCAUUUUUUUAUGUCAUGUCUGCUGUUCUCACCUGGGGGAAUUAAAAAAAGAAAGGCACACUGUCAACAGGACCAACAACACUCUGAAAGUCUGAACAUGAUUGCUUUCGAUUCUGAGUUUUGAGGCUGUUAAUAAAGAAUGAAUUUUUAAAAAAACAACAUGACUUUGCUGAAUUGGUGGCUUCCGGCAAAGAUUUGUGAGUCGUCCUUGUUUUGAUGGCACCUAGUUCCUCUGCGGUCAGUUUGCCCUGCCUCAGAGAGAGAGAGAGAGAGAGAGAGAGAGAGAGAGAGAGAGAGAGAGAAGGCAUUUGAGCACCUUUGGGAGAGAGAGAGAGAGAGUGGGUGAGUAACUCAGGUGACAGGCUGGCGGGGGGGAGCGAAAAAUUGUACACAUCACUUGGGAAGACAGGCGAACUAAUGCCAGUUUACUGGAAGAAGCAAAGAUCACCAGUGUCAAAGCGAUGAUUCUUCAACAUCAACUUCAUUGGACUGGUCAUGUUGUGAGGAUGCCUGAUGAUCGUCUUCCAAAGCAACUCCUCUAUUCCGAACUUACGAAUGGAAAGAGUAAUGCUGGUGGUCAACAAAAUAGGUUCAAAGACUCUCUCAAGGCAAAUCUUUAAAAAUGUGGUAUAAAGACCAAAAAUUGGGAAACUCUGGCCUGCGAGGGCUCCAGUUGGAGAACAGCCUUUCCCAAAGGUGUCAUGGGCUUUGAAGACACUCGAACUCAGGACGCAAGGGAGAAACGUGCCAAGAGGAAGGCAUGCUUGGCAAACCCUCACAGGGAUCAACUCCUGUCUGGAAAUCAAUGUCCCCACUGUGGAAGGACGUGGGGAUCCAGAACUGGCCUCCACAGUCACCUAGGGACUCCUUGUUAAGACCAUGUUUAUGGAAGAGCUGUCUGGAAAGCCAGGGGUCAGACCCAGAGGCAUCUCCCCAGCCCCAGACAUCUAGGGAUCCUUAUCCAGCUAUCCUCAUCCUAGCUAUCAGUAAUCCAGAGCCUCGGGUGCCAUUGAAUUCUUCCAUCAGCGUCUAGUGAUUAAGCCCAGGCUUUCUCAAAGCUGGACCGAUGUUUCCGCAUCUCCCCUUGCGAGAUCCUCGCUGACCUGCCUGCGAACUCUCCGCCAGACAGAAAAAACCCAUUUCCUCCUUCUCUUCUGCUUCUUGAAUCCCCAGGCCACAAAUCAGGGGGAAUGGCUGGGCUGCCAGGCAGUGAACCUCUGCUCUUUUGUUCCUUGAGUCCUGCACUGCUGCAGGAUUCGGGAACCGUAGAGGUGCAGAGUGGGAAGGGGUCCCCCAAGAGUCAUCUAGUCUGACCCGCCACAAUGAAGGGACGACAGCGAAAGAAUCAUAAUCACCAAGCUGCUCCUCUGAGCCCCAGCCAGCCUUAUUGGAAGCUGUUCUCUGAUGAGGGCUUCAGGUGUGCGCCAUCCUUUCUCUAUUUUUUAUAACGAUUUAUUGAUUUUCAAAAGAUAACAGAAAAUAAAAACGAAAACAAUACCAAAACAAAACAAAUUGACUUCCCUCUAGCCCCUUCCUUGGUUCCCUUAUUUAUCAAUAUACCGCAUGUCCAUUGUUCAGCUUGACACCUGUUUAAAUUACUUCUUAUCCGUUCAUCGCAAAAUUGCAAGUGAUUUUUAAAACCCUGCUAAUGUCUUAACCUGUGUACACUGUUUCUGUAUAUAUGCAAUAAACGUCUCUUCGUUGUCGUCUCUUCCUCUUAGUUGUCAAUUUUGCCAUUUCAGCAUAUUCCAUUAAUUUAACUUGCUCAUCUUCUUUAGUUGGGACCCCUUCUUCUUCCCACAGACGUGCACCAUCCUCGAAUGGCUUGGCAGGAGACUUGCCCUCAUUGAGGUUGCUUUGGGGUCCCAGCAGAUGGCUUGGGAAGCGGGUGGCGGGUGCAGCCGCCCGUCUCUCAGAAUCUCCCCCCCCCAGUUGUGGGAGAGUUUCUACCUCUUUGCGCCUGGCAGUUUUCCAUCUAGAAAAGGUUUGGGGCCUGGCGGGAGGGACAGCGGCAAAUAGAGGCUGUAAGGCUGUUACGGAGAGACCGGGAGCUUCUGUAUAAUUGAAGGCUGUUCCCCCCACCCACCCACUCUUUUCCGCGGAAGUCGAAGCCUCGUAUCCAGGGGGCUCAGGUGCAGAAUUUAAUUCCGAAGCCCUUCAUCACUGAGAAGCCUGGAAGGCGUCGGAGGGGAAUGAGAACGCUCUUCGAGAACUGGCCUUGGAGCAAAAUCGAUAAAUAUAUACAUAUUCCUUUCUCUUUUCCCCUCCCUCUGCCUUCAAAGCGACUUUCCCCUAUAUUGUCAACCCAUGACUCACUCGCUAGUAAUUCCACUGUGGGUUUUUAGUUUCUUUCGAAGUGGGUGCGUGUGUUUUUCAAAAAGAUAUACGCAGACCAAGCUUUACGAUGAUUCAGCUCUAGAUAUAGCUUAGCGGGGGAACUCUUGCUGGGUCAAGACCAUGGGCAGGCAAACUAAGGCUCGGGGGCCGGAUAUUAGGCCCAGAUAUUCCUAAAAAUGCGAGAGAAAUAUUAUUGUAUGCUACGGUAGCGGCAAGAAUUCUAAUCACUAUGAAUUGGAAAGGAGAGAAAACACUGACAAAGCUGGAGUGGCAAACUAAACGGUUGGAGUACGCCGAGUUGGCUAAAUUAACACAAAAAUUGAGGGGUUGCUCUGAUCAGACAUUUAUUAGGAAAUGGGAUAUGUAUAUAAAAAAAAUCUAAUGGAUUAUUGUAAUAACAUGACAUCUGUGGCAGCCUUUGAAUGACUUCUGCCGUAUGAUGGAUCAGUAUGAGAAAUAUAAUAUUGAUGAAAGUUAACAAAAGGAAACAGAGAGAAACAGUGCGCUAGAUAGAUUAAGUGGUAGACGCAUGGUGGGGUGACGGGAAGUCGUUAGGAAUCCAAGAGGAACAUAUUGUAAUGUAAUAAGUUUUAUUUUUUAUUUUAUUUCCUUUAUAGAUAAUACUUCUAUAUGCUUCUUCAUUUUAAUUUCAAUAAAAGGUUUAAAAUCGAAAAGAAAAGAAAGGGAGCAGCACAUUUCCAAACCAGGUCUUUCCCCUGGGAGGUUUUGGCCCGCAAAGCGUGGGCCGCGGGGGUCUCUCUGUUCCUCAGAGUUUUCCGCUAGCUCCCUCUGAAUCAGUGCCUGGUCACUAAAUGCCGGCAUGGGUGAGGAGAGCACCAUUUGAGUCAUGCCAGGCGCUCCUCCGGGUGAUUCAUGACAAACUCAUGUGCUGCCAGCCCAGCCGAGUCGUGCCUGAGUGGCACCCCAGGGCCCUGCGAGGCAGCUGCUUCCACAGCCCGAGGGGCUUCGUUGCUGAACCCCCCGGCCGCCAUAAAGAGAUCCACCCAGUGUGUCCCAGCACGAAAAUCUUAUUCUUACCCUUUCCCCAACCUCCGACGUUGAAUGCACAACAACCUGGUGCUUUGUUACAGCUGUCUCUGUUUCGGGAGACAAUGGAGCGUGCUCCCGCGAGUGAAGUCCAACUGCUGCAAUAGGCAGCGCUGAGGUGACCAGCCUGGGCUGUGUGCAGGGAAGUCCUGGGCUGUCAGAUGGGGAAAGAAACCCCCUCUUGGUCUCGCUGACGGGGUCCGAAGGAAAGCAGAGCAAGACGCUGGGCAGCAGCUUGGCUGCAGGAGUUGCCGGAAGGAGGCAGACAAGGGACUCCAUUCUGGAUUGGCGUCGGGUUCACUCCUGAGCCUUUUCUUCUCCCAAAAUAUCCCGCAAGGCAGCAGAGGUUUAGGGUCAGUUUCCUUUCUCCCCUAUGGGCUCCCUUCCCAGCUGGAUCUCUGCCUCUUGGCCUCCACGAGAGCCAGUGUGGUGUAGUGGUUAAGAGCGGUAGACUCAUAAUCUGGUGAACCGGGUUUGCGUCUCCGCUCCUCCACAUGCAGCUGCUGGGUGACCUUGGGCCAGUCACACUUCUCUGAAGUCUCUCAGCCCCACUCACCUCACAGAGUGUUUGUUGUGGGGGAGGAAGGGAAAGGAGAAUGUUAGCCGCUUUGAGACUCCUUUGGGUAGUGAUAAAGUGGGAUAUCAAAUCCAAACUCCUCCUCCUCCUCCUCCUUCCUCUCCUGCUUCAGCUCCUGCCUCCGAUUCAGGACUGCUCUCUGCCACCGACUCACCCCGCUCACAAAGCCCUGUUCCCUCUUCUUCCCAGUCUUCUCCUGCUUCUCCCUCAUCAUUGCCCCAUCCCCAUCCUCUGAGCUCUGAACCUUCUUCCCCUGGGGGUUCCCUAGCUGGUUCCCCCCACCAUCCCUCUGCCUCCAACCAGCCCAGACAAUGCUAAGCUAGGUGGCCCCAAUGGUCUGACUCGGUCUAAGGAGUCUUCCUAGGAAUGCAACCUGCUCACGCAGUCACAUCAAGGCUCUGCAAGUGUGCAGAAGAGAUACUUGCCCUGUUGAUUUUUUUCUUGAUGGGUCGACGCAAAGCCUCCACCUCCCAGGGCAGUCUACCUUUCUAAGCGCCAGAAACUUUGGUCCUGUUGAGAAGCAGGAAGCGAGAGCUGGUGUUGCGUGUCUGUGUGGAUAGGUGAGGGAGGAGGACCGCCUGGCUUUUAAUCCUCCCUGCUUGGGAACAAACCGGUGGCAAUACUUUCUUUUUAUUUUUAAAGAAGAAUCGGUGGGCCCUGUAAUUGGUGGCCAUUAGGGGUGGCUGCUGACAGGCAAAGGGAGAGGAUGAUCUCAGGAAUGGCCGUGACAGAGGCUGGAAAGGAUAAUGGCGCAGGACUGCUUUUAGGGGCGUGAGACGUUUGUGCGUGAGUCACCCUUCACGACCUGUUUGCCUCUGCUCUGCAAGUGCCGCCAUUAAAACAUCUUCCUUGCGCCGAGCUGAAUCCUGAGCAAUGCGCUUUGGAGUCUUAGCGACUGUCAUGCAGGAAGGAGCAGCAUUUGGAGACCUCCUGGAUCCCCCCCCAAUCCCAGAGCUACACUGCCUCAGGCUGCCCCCACUUUCUGCUCUGUAGGCAGCAGCCUCCUUCCAAAUGUACCGGGCAUUUUGCUGCAACAGGGGCAGCCCUCCCAGUGAGCGAGGUCCAAGGCAUCUUGCCCUUCCCCCCCAAAGCCUUCCCAUUGCAUUGCAAGCGGGUUGGACUAGAUGAGCCUCGGGGUCCCCUCCAGCCCUCCAGUUCCAGGGUCCUUGAAGUCCUUGGCAGCCGCAAAUCCAUCCUGGGUCCCUUCAGAACUGGCAUCCCUGUGUUAUAACAAAAAACACUGCUCCUUUUUGGUACCCAAAAGCCUGUCUAGAGUCCUUAUGUGGGUUCUCUAUCAGUAGGAGAAAAUAACAGAGGCCAAGCAGAGAAUAUUAGAAGCAAAGCAGCUUGUAAGCCUGAUCUUUAUUAACUGUUGCAACAGGGCCCUCACUCCCCACAUGCAGGAGGGAGGAGGAACCCAAAACAAAGGUGUGCAAGCUCUUAUAUAGACUUUUGAAACUGCCCACCCUGUAGCUCAAGACCACCCUCCUCCAAAACAUCAUCCAUACAUCAUAGAAAGAGGUCGUCCCCAGCAAAAAUUGGAGUGUGUUGCUUCUCUCCUGUAUGCCAGGAUACCUGAGAAUGCGUUAUCUGAUUGCCUUUUCUGGGUAGCCACCCAGAGUGGCUGGGGAAACCCAGCCAGAUGGGUGGGGUACAAAUAAUAAUAAUAAUAAUAAUAAUAAUAAUAAUAAUAAUAAUAUAUUAUUUCCUUGGAGAUGGUAAAUACUUAGUUCCUGAAUCUCUUACGCAUAUUGAGAGUGUGCUCAGCUGAGCAGAUACUUGCCAGACUGUAUUUACAGGGAGAUGUAAGCCCCUACAGUCCAAAGACAAUUGGAAAGCUUUUCCCAUUUCCUUCCUCCUUGCAGAGAAAUAUUUGAGGUCAAUUUGGGAGAGUCCAAAUGGCUUCAGGAUUGCUCUCCUGCACUAUUUCAGACAUGUGGUUGAUAUACUUAUGUAUGUGUUUGCCUUGUACAUUUAUGAACAUUUAUUUUAUAUAUAUAAGACCUUAGAAUUCCUAAAACACCUGCUUCUCAGAAACCCCUCAAGCCCACAAUCUUGUUUUGUUGCUUGGUUCUUAACUUGCAAACGCUGGCGAGGGAGAGAGAGGAAGGCUCCCAGUUUGUGAGCUGGAAAGGAGCAAAAUUACCUUUAAAAGCCCAGGUCCCGCCGAGCAUGGAAAUGGAGCGAGCAGCAGUCUGGUCGAAGGCUGCUGUUGUGCUUUAUUAGCCCAGACCUGUUUAUUGCCCUGUAAUAACGAUGGUGCAGGAGAUAUGGAUCUGGCUGCUUGCCUUCCGAUCGAAUUUUAGCAGAGGGGAAAGUCAGGCUUAGGAAAUGGCCUUUCCUGGAGAAGGAGGCUGCCCCCCCCCCGCCUCUUCCUCCAGCUUCAGGAGUUUUCGAUUUAGAGUCUCCUGGGGGUACCAAUCAGUUCUGCAUUAUUUGUCCCAGGGGGGAAUUCAAAGGUCAACUGCUCUUUCAGCCCCCUGAGCCUGCAAGGACCAGAAUGGGCAGCCUGCAAAAAUGCGGGCUGCCAAUUUUGAUGGUGGAACACAGUUGGUUGGAGCGUGGCGCCGACAACGCCAAGGUUGCAGGUUUGACCCCCCAUAAGGGACAGCCUGCAUUGCAGGGGGUUGGGCUGGAUGACCCCGGGGGGUCCCUUGCAACUCUACAAUUCAGUGGUCCCUUGGUUCUCAAACGGCUUGGUACUCAAACAACUUGGAACCCAAACUCGGAAGUAAGCGUUCCAGUUUGUGAACUUUUCUCGGAAGCCGAACGUGCUCCAUUUUGAGUGUUACGCUGAGGUCUGUCCGUUUUUGCUAUUUAUUUUGCGUUUUUGUUUUUGCGGCUCUUUUUGGGGUUUUUUUGUGACCGUGUGGAACCCAGUUCAGCUACUGAUUGAUUGUGUGACUGCAGUACAUUGUUUAUCAAUUUCCUUUUGUGGAUCAAUGGUCUCGUUAGAUAGUAAAAUUCAUGUUCAAUUGCUGUUUUAGGGGUUGUUUUUGAAAGUCUGGAACAGAUUAAUCCAUUUUGCAUGACUUUCUAUGGGAAAGUGUGCCUUGGUUUUGGAACUCUUUGGUUUUGGAACGGACUUCCAGAAUGGAUUAAGUUUGAGAACCAAGGUACCACUGUACUAUGAAUUCAUACAUACACAGAAUUCUACCUCCAUCAAGUGUGUGUGUGUAUCUCUCUCUCACACACACUAGCCUCCCAAAUGCUACAAAAUCUAUUGCUGAGUGUGGUAGUUAUUUUUCUGCAGCCAUUAUCGCACGAGACGUCCAGAGCCCCGGGCGGAUGUACAGAGUAGGGUCUCCCCUGGGUGCCAGACCAAGGCCAGAGGCUCCCUCCUGUCCCCAACUGGAGGGAGAAUUUAAUAUAGCUGAAUUUCCUCCGGCUGUGAUCUGCUCAUCGACUUGCGCUUUUUAUUUUUGCACAGGCAAAAUUAUUUUGGGCUCAGUCGGCCGGCCAGUGAAACGAGCUUUCCAUGUUCUGCAAAAAAAGCCCAGGAGGUUUUGCAGCUAGUGAGGGAUACAGGGCCGUUUAGGGCUUUCAAGGUCUGCACCAACCCUUUGAAUUGUGCUUGGAAAGGUCCUGGGAGCCAAUGUAGGUCUCAGGACUGGUGUUCUAUGUUCUCCACUCCCAGUCCCCAGUCUAGCUGCCACAUUCUGGAUUAGUUGUUGUUUCCGGGUCACCUUCAAGGGAGUUCCAUGGAGAGCACAUGGCAGUAGUCCAAGCGGGAGAUAACCAGAGCAUGCACCACUCUGGCAAGACAGUCCUCAGGCAGGGAGGGUCUCAUCCUGCGUACCAGAUGGAGCUGGUGGACAGCCGCCCUGGACACAGAACUGACCUGCGCCUCCAUGGACAGCUGGGAGUCCAAAAUGACUCCCAGGCUGCGCACCUGGUCCUUCAGGGGAACAGUGACCCCAUUCAGGACCAGGGAGUCCUCCACAUUUGCCCGCCCCCGUCCCCCAAAAACAGUCCUUCUGUCUUGUGAGGAUUCAACCUCAAUCUGUUAGCCACCAUCCAUCCUCCAAGCGCCUCCGGACACAGGACCUUCACUGCCUUCAAGGGAUCUAGGAGUACCGAGAGCUGGGGUACCGAUCUUCACCGCUUACUGCCUCCCUCUUAUUUGGGGGUUCAGCCGAGUCCCUGCCAUUCCCCUCUGGGACUUUGCAGGGCAUCGGCGUGUGAGUGAUCGUCCCUUCGUUCGGCAAGCAUUAAUAGGCAAGAGGCUAACCCAAUUAGGGCCAGAAGGGGUGGCGAUGGCUGCCUUGCUGCUCUCCUCUGCUGGCUAAUUCGAUUUCCACCACAGAGCAGAUGUGUCGCUCGGCUUUUCUGGGAGGGAGCUCAUACAUAAGGGGGCCCUUGGUGUGCGGGCAGAAGCCAUUUACUCCUGAGCAAAGUGUUAUAAGAAAAAACUGCUCCUUUUCCCUUAUGGGGUACCCAAGAGUCCUUAUGUUGCUUUUUUAUCGGUAGGAGAAAAUAACAGAGGCCAACCAGAGAAUACUGAGAAGCAAAGUGGAUUGUAAGCCUGAUCUGUUAUUUUCUCCUACCGGUAGGGAAGCCACUUAAGGACUCUAGACGGGCUCUUGGAUACCCCAUAAGGGAAAGGGAGCAGGUUUUUUUUUCUUAUAACAGAAGUUUUUAAUGUUUGAUGUUUUACCGUGUUUUUAAUAUUCUGUUAGGAGCAACCCAGAGUGGCUGGGGAAGCCCAGCCAGAUGGGUGGGGUAGAAAUAAAUUAAUAAUAAUAAUUAUUGCCAGUGCUUUUUUUCUGGGGGGACGCAAGGCUACACAUACCCCUAAACAUUUUGUGAAUCUAAGUUUGGCCUCAUUGAGGGGGCAGUAUUUCAAUAUGAGUAGGAAAAUGAGAGUAGCCCUAAACAUUUUUUUUAAUGAAAAAAGCACAGCAUUGCUUUAUAUUUUCUGCAUGUCCCAUGAUUGUAUUUCUCAAAAAAAACCAACCCAGUUGUAUUCUGUGUUAUAAAUCGAGCAAUGCCAGGAGCUGGUUUUUUUUGUUCUCCAAUGCAUAAUCAAUCACAAAAGCAGGGCUGCCAUCUAUGGGGGGGGGGGGCAAGGGGACUGAACCCCCCAAAUUCAACCAGGUUCAAUAUUCUGCAAUUUUGCCCCCCCUUUUUUUGAUAACGAUUUAUUGAUUUUCCAAAAAUAACAAAAGGGGGAAAAAACAGAAAAGAAAAAUGUCAUAAACAAAUUAAACCUUGAUUUUGGGGGGGGUCGACUUCCCUCCACUCCCCCUCUUGGUUCCUUUAUAAUAUACUUGUUAAUGUACGUCCAUAAAACCUUACAUAACCUAACAAUCCAAUUUUGAAAUCUUCUUCAUCUUAUUACAAGUGACUUUUAAAAGUUAUACUAAUGUAAAAGCCUGUACACAAAGCUUUGAAAAUAUGCGUUGAGCAAUUGCCUUCGUCCCCCGUCCCCCCAAUAAUUUGUCCUGCAUACUUCAGUAAUUUAUUUUGCCAAUCUUCUUCUUUACCAAUUUUGGGGACGCUGCGCUGCUGCCCCCUGGUGGGGCUCAGUGGGGCGACAGCAGAACAGCACCCAUCUCGACAGGGGGUCUUCUGCCCCCUCCCCAUGUUAGUCCACUGGCAAGGAAACAACGGGAGAGUCAGAGAAAUAUUCACUAAAAGACCAGAGGCUUUUCUGCUCUGCAUUAUAUGUUUAUAUGACAAUAAACAUCCCUAAAAAGAACAAAAGUGUAUUUCUUUAUGCAACAACUGCGGCUAGAGUUUUAAUUGUCAAGUAUUGGAAAGGAGAUCAGAUCCCAAGUGAGGUAAGAGUGGCAAAAGAAAUUAUGUGAAUAUGCUGAAUUAGCCAAAUUAGCUGUGGAAUACCCCAUAAGGGAAAGGGAGCAGUUUUUUUCUUAUAACAAGAGCAUGCAACGAUGUCUUCUAUUUCCUAAAUAACUAGUAGGAAAGAUCCGUCUAGUCCAGCCUCACGUUUCUCACAUUGCAUAACCAGAUAUUAUAUCUGGAGAUUGUAGAAACUACAAGUGGAAGAGUCGGAGCCUGAGCUCGCUUGGUUCCCUCUUCCCUCCUCAUCCCUCUUUCCUUUUGUGUCGUCUGCUUGGCCUCUGUUGUUCCCUCCUACCGAUAGGGAACUCACUUAUGGACUCUAUAGAGGACUUCGGAUUUUUUUGGGGGGGGGGUCGUUGAACUGUCCCCCUCCAUUCCUGGUUUUAACACGCAUGAUCCUCUUUUUAAAAAACCACAACCCAGUUGAAUUCUGUGUUCUACAUCAAGAAAAGCCGGAGCUGUUUCUUUUUGCUUUCCAAUGCAUUUCUUAUUAAAAAAAACAAACCCCAAACGCAGCCUGGCAAAACCACCAGGAAGUUGGGCUUGUGUUUUCCCACCGUCAGUCUCUCAACGGAUGACAAUGACGAGCAAGCGGCAGAUAUUUGGGAAGAGCAGAAGCAAAAGGUCACGGCAACUGUUUGCAUUUGCCGGGGUGUGUUUUUUCCCCCUCCUUUUUUGGGAGCGAUCCUGACUGCCAGCGUAAUUGGACCCGCCAAGGGCACCGCGAUGACAGGGCAGGCUUGGCCAAACUUUGGGAGCCAGGCCCGUCACUUCUUGCCGUGUUUACUGUGACCAGUGCCAAGGCCGGAUUGUGUCACCCGGACACAGGGGCUUCUACAUUUUUAAUAAAAUGGGUUUUUCUGGACCGCCGGCUGCAAGCCUGCCCUGUCCAGAGGUGGGCUCAGAGGCCGGGCUGGUCGCACCCCCCUUUCCAGUCCCGACAGAGACAGCAAUGAGGGAAACUUGGCACUUGCACUCAGCACUUGGAGCCCGGCCAAGGCGUUUGUUUAGCUUCCCAGCUGGGGGCUGGCCUCUCGGCAAAAGGAUUCCUGGGACGGGACGGAGCAGAGGCGUGCUUCGCACUCGGGGCCCUCCCUUCGUGCCGGUAUGGCGGACCCCCUUCUUCCUCUCCGGGAUCUGGGCUUCACGGAGCGCCCCCUGUGGAAACUCUGCGGAAAGAAGACCGAUCCUCCAGGGGCUUCCGAGUGGAGGGGACUCUUCCUCGGCAAGGCCUGGGUUCGAGUCUCGUGCGGCACCGAGGGCAUCUGAGUCGGCUGGCAACACUCCCCAUUGCCCGAGUCGUCUGAAUUUGCCGGUCAGCAGGAACGAUGUUUCCCUCCUCCAAGGCGCAAGGCUCCCCUGGGGGCUCCCCGGCCCCCUCGCCCCACAACUCGCCUGUCCUCUUCCGGAAGGCAAUGGCCAACCCUGGCAUGCGGCUACAGAGGCGCUUCACCGUGGCGCACCCGCUCUGGUAAGGGGACGCUGCGAUAAGGCCCCGCGCUUCGGUCGCCUUCGAGUGGGUGGGGGGACCUUUCUCUUUUUGCAUUUAUUUUUUAAUAUCAUAUUGAUUGAGUUUCUAUUUUAUAUUAUUAAAGGACAUUCAUCUUUUCCCAUGAUGGUAUUUGCUCAAAUGAGCUGUCGACCUCCCUCCCUCCACCCUUACAGAUCAUAGCAUCUACACUUUCCCCCCAUUUACAUUAUAUCCAUUUCUAUUGUCAAUUUUUAAACAAAUAUGUAAAAAGGUAUAUAUCAACAACGUUACAAGUCUUCUUAAGUCCUGCUAGUGUUGUUAAUUGCUUGCCAUUUUCCAUCGGAUAUUGUAUAAAUUUACUCCAGUCUUUUUGGAAAACUGGUUUCGGAUUUUCCUGCUCAACUCUGCCAAUUCUGCAUAUCCAAUCAUCUUCAUCUGCCACUCUUGUAUCAAUGGUACCGCAAGCUGGGACAGAGCACCCAAUGCGAAUUUUACCCUCAUGUACAAGAAGCUGGUUUCUGCACCAACCAAGAAGCACUGCGAGAGCUCAGCCUGGCAGAGGUACUUGCGGCCCCCCCAAUGUCCCCGAGGGCCAAGUGGAGAUGUUUUGGGGUCCACAUUUGGCUAGAGGCUCUUGUCGGCACUCGCAAGGCGCCUGCAAAUAUUCCACCAAGCCCUCCAGCUGCCACAUUCUGGAUUAAUUAUAGUUUCUGGGUCACCUUCCAAGGCAGCCCCACGGAGAGCGCAUGGCAGUAGUCCAAGCAGGAGAUAACCAGAGCAUUCACCACUCUGGCCAGACAGUCUGUGGGCAGGGAGGGUCUCAUCCUGCGUACCAGAUGGAACUGCCCUGGACACAGAACUGACCUGCGGCUCCAUGGACAGCUGUGAGUCCAAAAUGACUCCCAGGCUGCACACCUGAUCCUUCAGGGGCACAGUUGCCCCAUUCAGGACCAGCGAGCCCCCCACCCCCGCCUGCCCCCUGUCCCCCCAAAACAGUCCUUCUGUCUUGUCAGGAUUCAACCUCAAUCUGUUAGCUGCCAUCCAUCCUCCAACUGCCUCCAGACACUCACCCAGGACCUUCACCGGUUCUGAUUGGAAAGAGAGGUAGAGCUGGGUAUCAUCUGCAUACUGACAAGCCCCCAGCCCAAACCCCCUGAUGUAGGUUAGCUUAGCCAUUGCUCCAUCCUGCAGCAGUGAGUUCUGCAGUUCUCCUGGUUGGAAAUGUGUCCUUCGACUUCCUUGCCUGGGUGGAGGGAUGUGCAGAUGGAGUGAGCAGAGGCCUCUGGUUCAAAGGGGUGCCUUUUUGCCCUGGGAGGGGUCCGUCCGUCACCACAUGGCCCCCGAAAGCUUCCUUGCGAGCGGCGAAACGGCCCUCUGGGUCACCAAAGGUCACGGGGGGCCGAGGACAGGGAAGCCCUCUCCACUGGUCAUCCCUUCCCAGAUGAUCCCGGCCCACAAUGAAGCUUUUGUGUCCCGUUUGGGUGCCAGGAGGAGAAGCGAACCAGAAGGAAAACAAGGAGCGGCGUGUUUUGGGGGAGAAAGAGAUGGAGCAAUUUGCUCGGUUAUUUCCCCAGGCUGGUUCAAAGCUGCUUUCGGCAAUAAAUAAAACCCCACUGGUGUUGAGGGGACACCCCGGUGGGUCCCAUCGAAGGAGCCCACCCCCCCGGCCUUGUGCCCCCCACCCCACGACCCACUUCAAGACAGGCGUUGGGGAGACAGUGGGGUGAUUCUCUGCCCCGUCUGGGCUUGACGUGAGCCAGGGAAAGUGGCUGAAAGGGGGCCCUUUGUUCCCAGUCAGAUGGGUUUUGCGGGGGGGGGGGCGGCAGGGGCUGUGGGUGGGGGGGUCCUGUGGGUGCCCGGAGGAGGAAGACAAGGAUGCUGUCCCCAUGGAGGCACUCCUGCAUCGGGUACAGCCUGGCCAAGACAAGGUGGGUGCCAGCUCUCCUUUCCGUUUCCUGGAUUUUAUUCAGGGAUCCAGUGGCAGGGAGGUCAACAGGACCACGGCUGGAUAUGAGACACAGGGAGGGCCCACCGAAAGGGGCAGGAUGCUAUAGCACAGUUGCUGACAAGAGCAAGAAUGCCCCCGCUCAGAGGACGCCACCGGCUUGACCUUUUGCUGCCAGGCCAAGUUCAGCUGUUCCUCUUCUCUUUUAAAAUAAUAACAUUUUCUUUUCCCAUAUUGAAAGCUGCUCAACAGUUCCAUUCCUGUUCGACAAAACUAGCAACUUCUUCCCCCGAGUUACCCAGCCCCAACAUUUAUAACCUCAACGACAUACAAUUGCGUUUUAAGGUUUAUCUAAUUUCCUCUUCUCUGACACAUUUCUGCUGUUUUCUGCUUUUGGGAAAUAAACUUUUCUCAAUAGACCACAACGGCUUUCCCAGUCUUAUCUUUGAAAACGAAGAAAAUAAUUCCUAACGUACAAAAGUUGAAAUGAUAGAACAGGUUGGAAUUAACUUUCCAAGUGGCUGAGUCUGUUUUCCCCUGCUUUGAGCGACAAGGAAGGAGAUCCCGACUCAACGUCAGGAAGGACUUUCUGACAGUCAGAGCUGAUUGGGAUGGAAGGUGGUGGCCUCUCCUUCCUUGGAGGUUUUGAAGCAGAGGUCGGAUUGCCAUCUGUCCUGGAUGCUUUAGCUGAGAUUCCCUCAUUGCAGGGGGGUCAGACUGGAUGACCGCUGGGGUGUCCCUUCCGACUCGACGAUUCCCUUGAUGUCUGUAACACCUGUGGAUCUUGGCUCCCUGCCUCCUCCCUUCUCUUCCAAGUCCCUGGUGGGCCGCACGCUUUUUCUCUCACGGCGUCAUGGAAAUGGGCGCAGGGCCAGCAGGCGAGAGUGGCCCCGGCCGCUCCAGACACAGAGAGACAGCGGAGGCAGGCAGAGAGUGGGGUGGGCAGAUGGGAAGGAGGGGGCCGCCUCAGCGAGAGGGAUCACCGCUCCGUCCAAAUAUUGGGAUUAUUCCCCCAUAUGGGGCAGAUUCACAUGCACAUAUUUGUAACUAAGUCUGCCUUCAGGAAUUGCAGGGGGUCUAUAUGCUAGCCUAUGGAACUGCCUGCCACAAGACGAGAGGCGGCAGCCCCCAGCUUGGGCAGGGGGAAAGAGAGAGGCCCUCAGCGUGAGAAUAGGAGCCGGUUCCUAAAUUCAUGAAAACUGGGCCAUCUCCCGAGAGCUUCUCAUCUCUAGAAAUACAUAUAUAUCUGAGAUGAAAGCCUAGGAAGCAAUUUGUUUUGACUGGGUCAGGAGUCGGGAGCAGAGGGAGAAACAUCUGGAGAACUGCAGGCUUUGCCCCCCAUCCUGGCUUACGUAUGUCAUCUUUUGGGGGGAGAGAACGAGCUUUUUCACGUACGCAGCAGCAACAGAAAAUACAUGGAAUCCAACCGCUCUCGCUGUCGGCAGUCAGGAACUGGCAUUCGUGCUUAUGCGGGAAAAGUUAUGCCUUUUCUUUUUAAAAGGAAGAAUUAAAUUAAGCCAUAGGCUAGCGCACUGCAGCAGCAUCCUGCAAGACUCAUUUUCUUCUUUUCUUCUUUUGUUAACAUUUUAUUCAUUUUCAAAAAUAACAGAAAUAAAAACAACAAUGCAAAAUCAAAUCAAAAUAAAAUAAAUUGCAAGGCCCGUUUUCAACUCCCCAGCACUAGUCUCCCAGGGUGGUUGUGCCGAUUUGGGGAGAACCAGAGUCCUUUUCGUUGGGGAUAAUUCAGAUGUCAAAAAAAGGUUAUUUACGUCUGCCACUACUGCGGCCCAUGUUGUGUUAGCCCAAAAAUGGAAAACGAGCGAGAGCCCAACCAAAGAAGAAUGACAACUUGAGUCAGCAAAAUAUGUGUAGCUUGCAGACUUAACAUAUAGAAUAAGAGAACAAGAAGAACAUACAUUUAGCGAAGAGAUUGGAAAACGUUUAUUGAAUAUAUGGGGGAUAUUGUGUAUAUUUGAAAAUGCUGGCAGCAUUACGUUAAAUUCAACAGUGUAAAUAAGUUUUGAUGGAUGCAAUAAUGGAAUACUGAAUGGUUUAGUUUUUGUGAAAAUGGGCAGGGAUUUACGGCAUGCAAAACGAACCAUGGAAAGAGAAGAAGGAAAGUCAUUUUUAGGAUGUUUAAAUGAGUAUUCGAAAUUGUAAAACAGAAAAUUAUAUAUACCGUAUUUUUCCGUGUAUAACACAUCCCCAUGUAUAAGACGACCCCUAUUUUUCUUAACUCAAAAUUAAGAAAACGCACUAUGCACUAUUUGUCUUAUAGACGACCCCUGAUUUUAAACUUUGAAAAUUUAGGGGAAAAGAUAGUCUUAUACACGAAAAAAUACGGUAUAUAUAAAAUGAAAAUGGGGAGAUGUGUCUGUGCUGCCGGGAGCUCCUGGGAUGUAGAUGGAACAAUAGAGAAAUAGAUCAAAAGAGGUGUGCCUGCUAAAUUGUGGGACAAUCGUGGUGGGAAAUGGCAGGGGGUGGCUGUUGUUUCUUGUGCCUGACGCCCCUCUCUCCUCUCUUUCUCCCCCCAGUUUUGACCUCGAGAAUGGCUUCUCCCCUGGACGGACCCCUCUGGACGCCCAGACCCACCCUGGCCUGGGGCUGGUGCUGCAGGGGGCCACCCCCCACAGCCAGCGCCGCGAGUCCUUCCUCUACCGCUCGGACAGCGACUACGACCUCUCGCCCAAAGCCAUGUCCCGCAACUCCUCGGUCGCCAGCGACAUGUGAGCAUGCGCAGAGCGCCGGGCGCCAGGCAAUUCAAAGGCAACGCCCUGGGGGUGUUGGCAGUGUGGUUUCCGUGAGGGAAGGUGUAGCUGUCAGUCUGGCUGGGGUGAAAAACGCUUGGCAUUUUUGGAGAGGGUUUGGUGGGGGGAGGCAUAUGGAAAUUGAAUUCUGCUGGGUCGUCCCCCCAAAAAAAACCCCAGUAUUGAGCCGUAAGACUCACCCCAGGCUUUUUACAUUGGUGGAGGGCAAAACGCUCAAAGCAGUGAAUCUCCAGUUCCCUUGAAAAUAAAAAUAUAAUAAUAAUUUAUUAUUUCUACCUCGCCCAUCUGGCUGGGUUUCCCCAACCACUCUGGGCAGCUUCCAACAGAAGGUUAAAAAUAGAUUGAAACAUCAAUCAUUAAAAACUUCCCUAAAUAAUAAUCAUAAUAUUCCGCUGGUGGACCACUUAACAAAUUUGCAAAUCUGUUGUGGCAACUGCCAUCCAUCGCUCUAGAUCCAUUGUGGUUUUUCAACAUAUCUUCGUUGCUUCUUUUAUUUCUCCAUUUCGGCUUCUGCAUUACAAUUUGAAUCCCCUAGAAUUUUAUAGAAUUGGGAGUGUUCUUCCCAAGCAUCAGAGCGAAGUCUGAGGACCCCCGACCGCUUUCCGCAUGCGGGGAAAGGGCUCAGCGCCUUCUGCGAUGCCCAACGGAGGGCAGGAGGCCUCAAGCUUUGCUUGUUGAGGUCCUGCAACUCAUUUAUCUGUUUUUAAUCUGGAAAAUGCCAGGAGGAUUUGGUAGCCUACCUUGGAAGCAAACUCUUCCAAAAUGCAGCAAAAGUGUAAUUAAUCCGAACCAGCGCCCUCAUCUGUCCUGUUUGGGAUUAACAGGUUUUACCUCUUCUGUUGCAGGCAUGGAGAAGACUUGAUUGUCACUCCUUUUGCACAGGUAGGAAUCUCUUCAGGGUUGGGGUCUGCACUUGAGGGAAUGAGAGUGGGAGGAAAGGCUAGGAAUUAUUAAAGGUACAGGAACCCUGUGUGUGGUUUUUUGCAAUUACUGAAGGUGCAGGAGCCCUGCAGAUUUUUGCAAUUAUUAAAGGUACCCGAACCUGGAUGGUUUUUGCAAUUACUAAAGUACACGAGCCCUGCAAUUUUUUGCAAUUACUAAAGUACACGAGCCCUGCAGGUUUGUGGUUUGCAAUAGUUAAAGGGAUUAGCCAUGGCUGGCUGCAUCGGCGUGCAUGAGGGGGAGCAAACGUUGCAUGCAGCUGAUUCUGAAAGUACUUCCUUCCUUCCUUCCUUCCACCUCCUCCAGGUCCUGGCCAGCCUGCGGACGGUGCGCAGUAACUUCGCCAUCUUGACCCACCUGCAGGAACGCCUCAGCAGCAAGUGAGUGAGGGAGAGAGCUCUGCACCGACUGAAAGUGUGAGAUGGGGUAGUAAUUUGGAGAAAGGACAGGCCUUUUUCUCCUAAAGUAUACUGUAUCUUUCCAUGUAUAAGACUAUAUUUUUGCCCAGAUUUUUAAAGUUUAAAAUUGGGGGUCGUCUUACGCACAGAAUGUUGCAAUUAAUUAUUUCUUAAUUCCUUUGAGAAAUGUUUCAAAACCACUCUGGCAGGGGACCUGAUCACAAUCCCCUCUGCCGCCAAAUAUGACACUGGGGGCUCAGAGAUGCUCUGUCUCUUACAGGAGAGCGUCUGGAGUUCCCAACCUGCCGCCCACGUCUAAAGUCAACCUGCCAGGUGAGUUCCAUCUGGGCCCUGUCAAUUUCUUGGGUGGGGGGGAAGGUGCCCACAGGGAAAUGUGGGUUUGCACAACGGAAAGCCUUCUGUCAUCCUCGCGCCAGAAUUCCCCUUUAAGAAACCCUACAAGGAAUUUUUUUGCAAUUAGGAAAGGUGCAGGGAAGCAAAAUGUGGGGUGAGCAGACAACUAAACACACCGACUCUUGGAACCAGGAAUAGCCAGACCCCUAAGUGUAGGACCUGAACUCCGUGAAUUUGUCUCAUCCUCUUUGGAAGCCCCCUAGAUUGACGGCCGUCAUCCCCUCCUGGGGGAGCCAGUUGUAUUUUAUUUGUGAAGAAUAUUCCCCCUUUUAAAAAAGAUUUUAGUCAUAAUUUUUCCACAAAACCAAUGAAAGAAGUUGACUCACAUCAGUUCACAGUUGGAUCCCUGAAGGCAGACUUAGUUACAAAGAUGUACAUGUGGAUCUGCCCCAUAUGGGGGGAUAAUCCCAGUGCUUCUAGGAGCUAGCAGAGCAGUCCUAGCUAGAAGCGGGUCAAACGAAGAAGGAAGUCAAAGAGAGAGAAUUGCUGUGUGACUCGUCCUUUUAUUACCUGGACAGGUAAGGUCACAUGCAAAAGGAAGGAUGCUCCAGCCAGGAGGAACAGGAAGUUUCGACCGGCUGGACCAAACAUUCCCUCGCAUGUCUUCUCUAGCAUUGCAAGGAAUGUUGUACUUGACUGCCUCUCAUGGAUCACAUCCCACAAUUUAUACAUUUUAGCUCAUUUACUCGGCGUCAGGUGUGAAAGAAGGAUAUUCCCAGCCCCAUCGGGAGACGCCAGCAGGAACCGAACCUGGGACAUUCUGCAUCCAAAGCAGGCUCUCUAAGCGCGAGGCUGUGGUCCUGUUAAAUUGGGGUCAUGCGUGUUUUAAAACAUGCAGAGCCUGAGGAGAGGUGGCGAGGUCUGUGACUGUCAAUCAAAGCAUCUUGGAGAUUCACUGGGUCCGUGGCAGAGGGUGGGGGGUCAUAUCCCGGUUCCCAGGGCCUUCCCGUCUCCUCCCUGCUCUGCACAAAGCAUCUGCAGUCCGCUUACGACCCGGGAAGUUCCUUCCUCCCUCCCUCUCCUGCUUUCUUCCUCUCUCUCUUUCUCUUUUCUAAUGCCACCUCUGCGGCUAUAGCCUCCGAUUGACGUCAGUUCUUUCAUUAUUCAAAAACUCUCUGCUUUUCGCUUCUUCCCCUGUCUCUGCCUCCGGGCCUGCCUCCUUCUCUCUCUCCACCAUGCCACCCUGACUGCCUGUUCCCUGCCUGUAUUCCCCCUUUGCCCGACCUCUGGCAUCGAGGAAACUCGUGAGCCGGGAGGUGUAGAAGCCACAAAUGCACACAAACGCACAGAUACACAAGACUCGGGCCAAAGGAAGAGCUUCUGCAAACGAGGCAGAUGUAGACAUGGCUGCUUGGAGAGAUUCCAAAGCGGGCACCAUGGCUAGGCUCACUGCUGGGGGCAGGAAAUGCCUCUGGGUAGGAGAUGGGAAUCUCCUGCCUCAAACCCUGGAGAGAUGCUGCCUGCCCGUGUAAACAACACUGAGCUAAGUGGACCAAUUCUCCUCCUGUUUAAACCAGCCCUUUAUUUGGACUGGUGAAAUGAUCGCGGUGAUGGAGCAGCUGCUUUGAAUGUGGAAGGUCUCACCGGGGGGCACCCAAGGGUCAUCCAACCCCCUGCAAUGCAGGCUCAGCCCCUGGCGACAGCCUCUCCAUGCUGGGCAUGUCCCCUCGAGAGCUGCUGGCGCUCAGUGCAGACAGGAUUGUGCCUCUUGCCUCUCCGCAGAAGAUGCUUCCCAAAAGCUGGCCGUGGAGACCCUGGAGGAGCUGGACUGGUGCUUGGACCAGCUGGAGACAUUGCAGACGAGGCAUUCGGUCAGCGAGAUGGCCUCCAACAAGGUAAGGCGCCCGGGUCAGGGUGGGACCCCCAGCCCCAAGGGACAAGGGUCAACCUCAAUCCGUUAGCCGCCGUCCUGGAUGGCAUCUGGCCUGGCAGAAGAGGAUGCUUGAGCAGCAGGUGGGUCAGAUCCAGCAACCAGCCUCGGUUUAUGUUCUUUUUGCAAAGCCAGGGAUGGAGAAUAAAUAAAGCGUUGGGAAGCUUGUCUCUCUGCCAGCUGCUUGUCUCUGGACACACACGAGAGGGGGGAGAGAGAGAGCUGGUUCCCUGCAGGUGGGCAAUUUAGCCUCCUCCCAAUGCCCGCCUUGCCCACCCAAAGGCAGCUCCAAAGCAGGGCCGGAUUUAGGUUUGAUGGGGCCCUCAGUUCCUGAAGGCAAUGGGGCCCUUUCUAUGUCCAGCUGUCCUUUGUCAACAACAAAUUGCCACUCUUUUUUGUGUUGAAUAGAUGCUAGAUGGUCAGUGAUGGACCUCAUAGGCAUCUCAAGCCACUUACACAUCACAAAUAGGAGCCUACACAACACAAAACACUGUUGCUGGAUGUAGAUUUUGUUUUAUUGGUUUUUUAUCUUAUAUUUUGGAAAUGUACAUCCAGGCAUUUUUCCCUUUACAUUUUUUUGUGUGGCCCCAAGAGAGUGGGGCCCUAAGCUAGAGCUUGUUUAGCUUCUACGUCAAUCCGGCACUGGGACUGAUCCAGCAACCAGCCUCUGUUUAUGUUCUUUUUGCAAAGCCGGGGAUGGAGAAUAAAGAAAGUGUUGGGAAGCUGUCUCUGUGCCAGCUGCUUGUCUCUGGACACACACGAGAGGGGGGAGAGAGAGAGCUUGUCCCCUGUGGCAGCUGAGCCCCCUCCCAAUGCCCACCUUGCCCCCCGAAGUCUUGCCCGCUUCUUCCGUCGUCCUCCUUCUCCCCGUGCGCGCCUUGCAGCUGCGUCUGGGUACCACCGCGCCGUAGCAGCAUCCCCAGGCUCCCGCCAGCCAAUCGGGAGGCGGAACGGGCUCCUGCCCCUCUGCCCGCGGCUUCUGAUUGGGCGGCCGCCGAGAGAACAGCUCACCUGGCGCAUCCCUCCAGCUCGGUGAUGCAGGGGGACCCCCGUCGCCAGCGCUUCCUCCUCGCCUCCUCGCUUUGCAGAGAAACCCCCUUUUCUUUCUUUCUUUUUGCGGGGCUUUUUUUGAGAGGGAGAGAUUUCUUUCCUCCUCCCUUUUUGGGGGUUUGGGGCUCAGGCCCCCAGUCCAUGCAGCUCCGUGGCCUGGCUCCUGCGGGGCAGGUGGCGGUGCGCUUCGGAGGAAGAGAGGAGGGUCGGCUUGCGAGCAGCAGCGCGCUGGGCAGGCGGGGGACUGGGGACGGUGCGAUGCCCGACGCCAGCCCCCCAGGGUUGCUCGUGUUCCAAGACCCCAUCGCCCAGGUAAGCGGAGCACAGGUGCCCCUUCCAAAGGUUGGCAAGCGAGGGGGCAGCAGCAGUGGGGACUUUUGUUCUGCUGCAAAGGUUUGGCACGGUUUUUGUUUUUAAAAUGGGUGUGCGCCCCCACCCCCCAGCCAGGGUGUGUGUGUGAAUGCAUGCUUGAUCUGUGAAACUCGCCAUCUCAGAAUGUGUGAGUGUGUUUUUUUAAUUAUUUAAUUUGUUUAUUUUUUUUUAAAAAAAACAAUUUUCAUUGAAUUUACCAUUUUUAUCAUCGUCGCAAUCAUUAUUUCAAGAACAAAAUACCUUAUAAAUCCUCAAACACCCCCCCCCCCCGUGACUUCCCUCAACUUCCCUUUCUGGUUUUUUGGCAUAUUAUCUCUCCCUGCUCAUUGGUUAUUUCUUAUUCUUUAAUUUUGUUGUUGUUGUUGUUUAGUCGUUUAGUCGUGUCCGCCUCCUCGUGACCCCCUGGACCAGAGCACGCCAGGCCCUCCUGUCUUCCACUGCCUCCCGCAGCUUGGUCAAACUCAUGCUGGUCGCUUCGAGAACACUGUCCCACCAUCUUGUCCUCUGUCGUCCCCUUCUCCUUGCGCCCUCCAUCUUUCCCAACAUCAGGAUCUUUUCCAGGGAGUCUUCUCUUCUCAUGAGGUAGCCAAAGUUUGGAGCCUCAGCUUCAGGAUCUGUCCUUCCAGUGAGCACUCAGGGCUGAUUUCUUUCAGAAUGGAGAGGUUGGAUCUUCUUGCAGUCCAUGGGACUCUCAAGAGUCUCCUCCAGCACCAGAAUUCAAAAGCAUCAAUUCUUCGGCGAUCAGCCUUCUUUAUGGUCCAGCUCUCACUUCCAUACAUCACUACUGGGAAAACCAGAGCUUGAACUAUACGGGCCUUAAAUAAUAAUUCUUCUUCUCUUAUCAUUUUAACAUCCUGUUUCUCUUUCUACAUUUGUUUUGUUAAUUGCAAUCUUGAGUCAAACCCUGCAAGUGAGUCCAUUCCUUUACAAUGAUUCUGUAAAUAUGACAUAAAUGGUUCCCAGCUCAUGAGGACUGGAAGCUUGCUUUGUUUUUAAGGACUAGCUUAGUGGUGGAGCAAACUGCCCUGCAGGUUGGAUCCCCAAUGGCACCUCCAGGUAGGGGUGGGAAAGUAUUUCAAAUGUCAAAAAAAAAAGAAACCCUUUCAAACCUUGCAUUUGGGGGGGAUGACGACACCCUAAAUCUCAAAGUCUUGCUAAUGCUUUUUAAGGAUUUCAAUAUUUACCGAUCUCCCUAGUGAAUCCAACAGCACCCAUUGUUGCAAAUGCUUUAAAUAUCACUACAACUGGAAUAUAUAUCCAUCGUUUUGCAAGCUGCCCCGAUUAUGGAAUCCCUCCUGCCCGCCCCCCAGCCUCCACCAUGUUUCAUAAAAUUGUUUUGCCUUGACUCAUUUCUGCGUGUGCUGCAGCUGGCAUCCCGUAAUUGCAACUUUUAUGGGUCUCCUGCAGUUCUUGGGACUUCUGAGAGACCCUCCCCACCUCGUAUUCCCUGCUCGCUUUUUACGAGGAGCUGAGAGGUGUUGCCAUUCACUUCCUUACACGUCACCCCAAAUCGCUGAGCUACGAAAGACUCAGGGGGCCCCAGGCAUUUGGAACGAAAAGAGUCAGAGACUGCUGACUUUGGGAUAGAGGGUUUUAUUUGCUCCUCUGUACAACCUGAGCAUACAGAGGACAGAGGCUCACAGCAUCAAGACCCCCAACAGAUCUUGCUUUGGAUCCAGCACAGAGCAAGAGGGUCUCUGUGUCUCCAGCUUCCAGCUCAGCUCACACCCAAAAACUUUGGCUCAUGUUCUCCUACCUAGCAGCUAGGCGGGGGGGGGGGCAGAAAAAGAGCCCCACCCCUUAGCCUGGAGGGCCCCCACAUUUGGUUGCAGCUCCUGCCACCUGACUCGCUCUGUUGGGGUGCUGAUGAGGACACUCAAAUGCAGGGCUAAGCUCCUGAAGCUAAUGGGGCCCUUUCUAUGUCCAGCUGUCCUUUGUCCACAACAAAUUGCCACUGUUUUUUGUGUUGAAUAGAUGCUAUAUGGUCAUUUAUGGACCUAAUAGGUAUCUCAGCUCUAUGCACUUGUCAAAGGUCAGGUUAGUUCUACGGGGAGAGGAAUCGCAGCUAUCCUGGAAGAUCUUUUCCUCCAGAUCAAUUGUGGGGGACCUGCACCCCUUCAGAUGUUGCUGCACUCCAGCUCUCAUCCCCAGGCAGCGUGGACUAGUGGUCGGAGUUGCGUACCAACGUAGACUUGCCACGGACAAAUUCAAUGAUAUUUGGAAUUGGUUUUUAUAAAUACCGUAUUAGGUUAAGGUCUGGUUACCUACAAUAACAUAUUUUUGGGGUGUAAUGUGUACAUUUUUGUUGUUGUUCUGUUUUGUUUUCUACGUGGGUGCUAUUUUCUUAUCUUCUUUUGUGUCUUAUCUUACUCUGUGCACUUGUAAUCUUAAUAAUAAUAAUAAUAAUAAUAAUAUAUUUAUACCCUGCCCAUCUAGCUGGGUUUCCCCAGCCACUCUGGGCUGCUUCCAACAAAAGAUUACAAAUACAUUAAACAUCAGUCAUUAAAAACUUCUCUAAACAGGGAAUAAAGAGAAGAUACAGUGAUACCUUGGUUUCCGAACAUCUCAGAAGUCGAACGUUUCAGUUUCCAAACGCCCAAACCCCGGAAGCAGAUGCUUCCAUUUCCCACAUUUUCUCAUUUGAAAUUGCAGACAGCCCUCUGUGCCUCGGUUUUCCAACGUUUUGGAAGUCGGACGGUCUUCCGGAAUGGAUUGUGUUUGAAAAUCGAGGGACCACUGUAUAUAUAUUUUUAAAAAGGAUGGUGGAGUCAAGCCACAUCUAGAAUGGAUUGCUGUGUCCCAUCUGCCCAGAGGCAUCUCGCUGCCUCCCAGAACCCUUUCCUAUUGGGUCAUGAGGACUAGGAGCAAUUCUCCCCACUUGCCAAAACUCUCAUCCCCUUGAAAACACAGCUCUUAACUUUCAGCGCGAUGCAAAUUCUCCUGCAGCAGAGGCUGCCUGUGAGUUGCUCCUUUGAGUUAUUGAACUAUUUCCUGCUCUCUCCCCGCAGUUCAAAAGGAUGCUGAAUCGGGAACUGACCCACCUCUCCGAAACCAGCCGCUCCGGAAACCAAGUGUCGGAGUACAUCAGCAGCACUUUCUUGGGUGAGUCCCCCAAGGCAGCGCAAUGGGGAGAUGGAGAAGAGAAGGUUUGGGGUGGAAGGAUCACUUGCCUGCAAAAAGGGGAGCGCACUUACCUUUCUCCUUUCCUGCCUGGCCUCGGUGCUGAUCAUGCCCAGGUUGUGGGUUCAAGCUGCACUCUUCAGCAGCCUGUUCACACUCUAAACUCCUUUUGAGAGGCAAACUGUCCAUAGCUUAAGGUAAAGGGACCCCUGACCAUUAGGUCCAGUCGUGGCCGACUCUGGGGUUGCAGCGCUCAUCUCACUUUACUGGCCGAGGGAGCCGGCGUACAGCUUCCGGGUCAUGUGGCCAGCAGGACUAAGCUGCUUCUGGCGAACCAGAGCAGCGCACAGAAACGCCCUUUACCUUCCCGCCGGAGUGGUACCUAUUUAUCUACUUGCACUUUGUGCUUUCGAACUGCUAGGUUGGCAGGAGCAGCGACCGAGCAAUGGGAGCUCACCCCGUCAUUGUGGGGAUUCGAACCACCGACGUUCUGAUCAGCAAGUCCUAGGCUUUGUGGUUUAACCCACAGCACCAUCCGCGUCCCCUGUCCAUAGCUUAGUGGUAGUGCGAUUCCCAGGUCAGGCUGGGAGAGGUUCUCGUACCCGAAACCCCGAGGAGUUGCUGCCAUUCAGUGCAGACAGUGCUGAGCGACAGGGACGAGUGCCAGAUUUAUGUAUAAGCUAAUCAAGCUCUAGCUUAGGGCCCCACUCUCUUCACUCUCUUGGGGUCCCCCCAAAAAAUUAAAGGGGGAAAAAACUGAAUGUACAUUUCCACAAUAUAAGAUAAAAAACAAAUACAAUAAAACCUACAUCCAGCAACCGUGUUUUGUGUUGUGUCGGCUCCUCGGAUGUAAGUCAUGGGCCUCGCCUGCUCCCUCAAAUAUCCCUGCUUUGCCCCUUUCUAUAUAUAGGGUGCCAACAUUCUGCAUGGACUGGUUGCAGGGCAACAUGCGCAAAUGGCUUGAGAUACCUAUUCGGUCCAUCAAUGACCAUAUAGCACAGGCAUCCCCAAACUCGGCUCUCCAGAUGUUUUGGGACUACAACUCCCAUCAUCCCUAGCUAACAGGACCAGUGGUCAGGGAUGAUGGGAACUGUAGUCCCAAAACAUCUGGAGUGCUGAGUUUGCCUAUGUCUGAUAUAGCAUCUAUUCAACACCUAUUGGGCUCCAACUACCAACCCUGGAUGAGAUCUUCACGUCUCGCACUUUGAAGAAGUCACACAAUAUCCUGAGAGAUCCCACCCAUCCUGCUCACAACUUCUUUGAACUGUUGCCUUCGGGCAGAAGAUAUAGGACAAUGAAAACACGAACCACACGCCUUCUGAAUAGUUUCUAUCCAAGAGCUCUGAUUGCACUAAAUAAUGAUCUCAGGGCCAGUUGCAAGGAAUAGCAAGCAGGGAGUAGGAAGGAAUGAGACAGGUUUUUAGGUUAUGUUAUGCUUUUAAUAGGUUAUGUUACAUUCUGGAGUAUGAUAUGUUUUUAUAGAUUAUGUCUGAAUAGGAUGAGAGUGUUGGAGAUACGUGCAAAUGUGUAUGUGAACCCGGUCUUCGAGUGGGUGUUUGAUUUUCGUUGUUGUGUAUACUGUGUAUAUACGGACAAUGACAAUAAAAUUCAUCUAUCUAUCUAAAAAACAGUGACAAUUUGUUGUGGACAAAGGACAACUGGACAUAGAAAGGGCCCCAUUACCUUCAGGAACUGAGGGCCUCACCAAACCUAAAUCUGGCCCUGACAGGGACCAAUGGUCCAACUCUGUAAAAGGUAGUUUACUAUGUAAAUUAUUAGGAACCAUGAAGACUAGCACCUCCAGUAACCGAGGUCCUGUUUGUGGGCUUCCCAUCGCGCUGGCCACCUUCUUACAUUUCGAUAUCCGCUUUUUAAAAAUUAAAACAUCGGCGCUGGAUUUAAAACACAGUGCAGGAAAACAAGUGUGUGUGUGUGUGCAUGUAUACACACACACACACACACACACACACACACACACACACACAGCGAGUGUUAAGCCAGAGGUUCCCUUCCUCUGUGUCUGUGCGUUUGUGACGGAGGCAAGAGCGAGAAGAAGACUCUCGGGGUGAGGUGGGGAGAGAGUCUGCUCUCUGGAAACAUCACUUUGGGGAGAGGACCGGCAUUCCAGCACGCAGCAUCUCCCGUUGCCAUGGUGUCGGUAAUAUUAUUAGCCUCCUCUGACGUCAAUCCUUGCGUGCCUCGGGAAUAUUGGGGCGGGGGUCUCCCUCGGAACAGCGGGAGACUCGUGCGAGGGGCUGGGCGGGAGGGGGAUAUUUGACAUGGGCCGCCUUUGCUGUGUCCUCCAGAGACGAUGCUCCAGAAAUGGACCAGCCAGGGCCCUUUUGAAAGUGGGGGCUUUAAAAAGAGAAGGGGAUUGGGCAAGCAGGGCUAGAGUCGAGGAGGAGAACGAGGAAAGCCGGUUCUCUCUCCUUCCUCUUAUCAUCCCCUGUGCCAAGUCACAGACUGUAAGCUCCUUGCGGCAGGGACCUGUUUUCUUUGGGCUUCGGAAAGCUUAAUGCAAAUCUUCGCCUUGUGGAUAAUUUAUUGGGGGGGCUGUUUGUCGCUUCUGAUGAGGUUUUAUUUCAUCCUGCCUGUGGGAAACUGCUCUCCACACCCCAAAGAAAGUUCUAGUGUGCUUUGUUUCAUAGUGGGCAGCCGAGAGGGUCGUCCCUCGACCCCACCGGAAGUGGCACAUCCCAGAGUCAAUUUACACCAGUAUUUUAAUAAUAAUAAUAAUAAUAAUAAUAAUAAUAAUAAUAAUUUAUUAUUUACACCCCACCCAUCUGGCUGGGUUUCCCCAGCCACUCGGGGCAGCGUCCAACAAAAUAUUUAAAAUGCCAUUUUUAAAUAAAAAAAAUCAGACAUUUUUCUUUCAAUGAACGGCAUGCAGUGAAUUUUAUAUCCAUCCCCCUGCCUGUUUCAGACAAGCAGCAUGAGGUGGAGAUCCCAACCCUGGUCCCUAAGGAGAAGGACAAAGAGAAGAAGAAGAAGAAGCUGCCGAUGUCACAGAUCAGCGGUGUGAAGAAACUGACCCAUGGAUCCAGCUUCCGCUGCGUGGCCGCCAUCCCUCGCUUCGGAGUCAAGACGGAGAAGGAGGGUCUGCUGGCCAGGGUGAGGAAGAGGGCAGAUGUGGGGCUUGGGGAACAAUGGUUCCCGGUUCCAGGAAGCUGGGUGCGGAUCCGAUUGUUAUAAGAAAAAACACUGCUCCUUUUGGGUACCCAAGAGUCCAUCUAGAGUCCUUAUGAAGGUUCUCUAUUGGUAGGAGAAAAUAACAGAGGCCAAGCAGAGAAUAUUGAGAAGCAAAGCGGCUAGUGAGCCUGAUCUUUAUUAACUGUUGCAACAGGGUCCUCACUCCCCACAUGCAGGAGGGAGGAGGAACCCAGAACAGUGGUGCGCAAGCUCUUAUAUAGACUCCUGAAACUGCCCACCCUGUAGCCCAAGACCACCCCCAAAUACAUCAGACAGACAUCACAGAAAGAGGUGAUCUCCACAGAGCUCUGACAACCCUGCCCUCUCUUCCUUAGGAACUGGAAGACGUGAACAAGUGGGGCCUGGACGUCUUCAAGAUUUCUGAGUAUUCUGGCCACCGCCCUUUGACAGUCGUCAUGUACAGCAUCUUCCAGGUGAGAGGGUGCCCUGGGAGACGGGUGCUUGGAGUUUGAUGGGGGGAGGCAGUGGGGACCUGUACCAGCCACCCUCUCCCCUAAUAAUUUAUUCUUUAUACCCCACUCAUUUGGCUGGGUUCCCCCAGCCACUCUGGGCAGCUUCCAACAAAAUAUUAAAAUACAACAAUCAAAUAUUAAAAGCUUCCCUGAACAGGGCUGCCUUCAGAUGUCUUCUAAAAGUCAGAUAGUUGUUUAUUUCUUUGACAUCUGAUGGGAGGGCGCCACUACUGUAAUCGAUUUGGAUCAUCAUAAAAGAUGCGGGAGGAAAUGAUUCAUAAUAGGACCCACAAAGGGGAGGAUGGAAUUCCAGGAGAUUCCUUGGAAUCUUGUUUUGAUGAUUCAUGUUUGAUAUAUCUCUGUAAAAUUUGAAAAACCAAAUAAAUAAAUUUAAAAGGGGAGAAAAAGAAAGAAGUCCUUCCUUUCAUCUGCCCCAAAUCUCCCGACAUUCAGCCCAUGAAUGUGCGCAAUUUAAUUGACACCUGUCACAUAGCCUCUCACUUGCUGAAAAGUCUCAGGCCAUGGUGGGGGACAGAAUGAGAGGCCCCAGGCUCCCUGCAUAGAGACCCCGUUUUGAGACCCCCACCACGCUUUUAAAAAAGUGCUUUUUAAACGACCGACAAGUCAGGGGCGCCUUCUUCUGCACCCUUCGCCCUGCAGGAAAGAGACUUGCUGAAAUCCUUCCAAAUCCCUGCCGACACCUUCAUCACCUUCAUGAUGACCUUGGAGGACCACUACCACGCGGAUGUGGCCUACCACAACAACAUCCACGCGGCCGACGUGGCCCAGUCCACCCACGUCCUGCUCUCCAUGCCGGCUCUGGAGGUGAAGAGGGAAUUCUGGGGAAGGCGGGGAGGAGAAGAGUUUGGGGGUCGCGCAACAGAACCCUGAUGGCCUUUUUAGCUUGUGGCUCGCAGUAUCAUAGAACUAUAGGGUUGGAAGGGACCCUGAGGGUCAUCCAGUCCAACCCUCUGCAAUGCCGGAAUCUCAGCUUAAGCAUCCACAGUGAAUCUCUAGUGGCAGAGAGUUCCACAGGACUGGGCUGAUGACACUAAAGCCUCGGUUGCUCAUUGCUUGUCAACUUGGGGAAUGGUUUAUAUUGCAGGCUACCCUGCGGUCCUCGGAUGAAGGGUGCUGUAGAUAAAUACAAUAAAAUAAAUGAGCAACAGCACUCCGGCAGUUGUUCAUGGGCUUGUGAAUGAAUAGGAAGACCUUGAACCAGGCUCCGUAGUUGAUUCCCCCAUCAGAAAACAGGCUGCCACAUUCUGCCCGAGCCUUGCAGUAAUCCGGCCUUGAGGACCACAGUGGUCACUUGCCUCCUGGCCGUGCCAAUGCCCAGCCUGGCUCCCAGUUUGAGUUCUGCUCACCCCAUCAUUAGCUUUGUCCUCCUCACUUUCCUCCCCUUUUUGUCUCCCCUCCAUCUGCUCGCUCCAGGCCGUCUUCACCGACUUGGAGAUUUUGGCCGCCAUCUUUGCGGCCGCCAUCCAUGACGUUGACCACCCCGGGGUCUCCAACCAGUUCCUGAUCAACACCAGUGAGUAGGCCGUGUCGGCUGAUUGGGGGCAAUUCUCGUCUUUCCAGCUGUUCCAGAGAACGUCUCCUCCUGUCCUUCCUUCCUUUACCUGGGGCAAAGUGGGGUUUGCCCCACUUUGCAUAGGACAUCCCAAAGUGAAGUGCAAAAAGCGAUAACAAGAAGUGAAACAAGAGGAUAGGAUGCUGGACUAGGAAAAGGGCCUCUUGUAGCCUGAUAGUUGUGCAAAUGUGUGGGAUGUGAUCCAUGAGAGGCAGUCAAGUACAACAUUCCUUGCAAUGCUAGAGAAGACAUGCGAGGGAAUGUUUGGUCCAGCCGGUCGAAACUACCUGUUCCUCCUGGCUGGAGCAUCCUUCCUUUUGCAUGUGAUCGAAGAUGGGCAUGACCUCACCUGCCCAGGUAACAAAAGGACGAGUCACGCAUCACCCUUCCCUCUUUUUGACUUCCUUCUUCGUUUGACCAGCUUUUAGCUAGGACUGCUCUGCUAGCUCUCAGAAGCACUGGGAUUAUUCCCCCAUAUGGGGCAGAUCCGCAUGUACAUAUUUGUAACUAUGUCUGCCUUCAGGGAUCCAACUAUGAACCAACUUCUUUCAUUGACUUUGAAUAAGAUUGUGGAGGCUUUAUUCUUUUAAGAGGGAUUCAAGGGAAUUUACCAGGAACGCACAAUUCAAUCUGAGACAGAUUGAAUUGUAUAAUAGUGAGAGGCUCACACGAGCCUGCAACCAGCUAUCCGCUGUGCAUGUGAAAGGGGAAUGUAACUCGGCUACAUAAAGGAACUUGCUAGCGUAAGUUAGGAAGGAUAUGAAUAAACAAUAUAUCCUCUCCUGCCACCCGGAACAUUCCCACAAAAUGUUGGUUGGCUGCUUCAAGCCCCUAUGCGAAGCUGCUCCCUUACUCUCUUUCUCAGCCACAUGUAUGCCCUCCUCGGAUCCGGAGGCAUCACCUGUCAAACUGACCACCCUUUUCCCGUCCCUAGAUUCGGAGCUGGCGCUGAUGUACAACGAUGCGUCGGUACUUGAGAACCACCACCUGGCCGUGGGCUUCAAGCUCCUGCAAGAGGAAAACUGCGACAUCUUCCAGAACAUCUCCAAGAAGCAAAGGCAGUCUCUUCGCAAGAUGGCCAUCGACAUGGUGAGGAGCUCAGGGCUUAGCUUAUUUGGGGGGCUGCUGUUUUGUUUAAUAUUGCUUAUUUUGUUCGCUAGAUUAUAAACGCCGUGUUUAUUUGCUAAUCAAAUAAUAUGGCUUUUCCUUUAGUUGUGAUGUUUGGCUUCUUUUUUAGUUGUUGUCUUGUUCUCAGUGUUUUAUAGACUGCAAUUGUUUCACUGCUGAUUUGCUGUAUUUGUGAUGUUCUAAUAUGUUUUAUCACGUUGUUAUUAUUUGUUGUUUGCAAGCCGCUUUGGGAUUAAUCUGAAUGGAAAAUGGCAUAGAAUAAAAUCCUCCCCCCCCCCAUGGUUUCUGGUCUCAGGUCCUGGCAACAGAUAUGUCCAAACACAUGAACCUUCUGGCUGAUCUGAAGACCAUGGUAGAGACCAAGAAGGUCACCAGUUUGGGGGUCUUGCUUUUGGACAACUACUCCGACCGCAUUCAGGUGAAACUUCUUUUGGAGGGGACAGGGGUUCGAUGAUCCUUCAGGGGGAGGGCAACCCCAUCCAGGGCAGGGAACUGACCCAUUUCUCAGACACACGAACUUGGCAGGAUUCGAGCUCAGCUCACUUUUGCUCAUCCAUCCUGCCACUGCAUCCCAUUAAAUUUGUAGCUCGGCAGUGUGAAUCCAAGAUUAAAAUCAGGAUAUAAUUUUAUACAACAUAAUAUAUCAUCACAGGGGAGUCUGCUGCCCACCAGGCAGACUCCUCCAUCGGUGUCAUGGGCAUGAUAAUAAUAAUAAUAAUAAUAAUAAUAAUAAUAAUAAUAAUAAUAAUAUUUUUUUUAUACCCCACCCAUCUGGCUGGGUUUCCUCAGCCACUCUGGAUGGCUUCCAACAAAAAAUUAAAAAUACAUUAAAACAUCAGUUGUUAAAAACUUCCCUAAACAAGGCUGCCUUCAGAUGUCUUCUAAACAUCAGAUAGUUGUUUAUUUCUUUGACAUCUGAUGGGAGGGUGUUCCACAGGGCGGGCGCCACCACCGAGAAGGCCCUCUGCCUGGUUCCCGGUAACCUCACUUCUCGCAGGGAGGGAACCGCCAGAAGGCCCUUGGGAGGUGGACCCCGGUGUCCGGGGUGGAGACGCUCCUUCAGGUCUACUGGGCCGUUUAGGGCUUUCAAGGUCAGCACCAACACUUUGAAUUGUGCUCGGUCCAAUACGUUCCUCCAAAUGUCCCCGAGGGUUCACGCUUGACAGCGACUCAUAUCUGCCCUUCCAGGUGCUGCAGAACAUCGUUCACUGCGCAGACCUCAGCAACCCGACCAAACCCCUGGAGCUGUACCGCCAGUGGACGGACCGGAUCAUGGUGGAAUUCUUCCACCAGGGAGACCGGGAGCGGGAGAAGGGCAUGGAGAUCAGCCCCAUGUGCGACAAGCACAACGCCUCCAUAGAGAAGUCCCAGGUGGGUGCGCCAAGGAGGGCUUGUCGAUGGGUUGGGGGGGAGCACCCUCCAAGGAGGAGCCACACCUGCAAACGAGGGGGCUUCCUGUGGAAAUACACUGUCUUUCGAGUUACAGCUUCAUCUCCCUACACAAUUGUGAGCGUUUUGUGGGUUUCCGAUGCCGAAUGUAUGUUCAAAUAUUUCUCGCUGUCCGCUUUCUGUGACCAUUCACCAAACUUUCAGCUUGCACCUUGUAGGAUUCCCUUUUGGAGGGGCCACAGACAUCUUCUGCAUCUGGUUUCCUAAUUUAUUUUAUUUAAUGUUUUGACCCAACGUGGACAGCUUUUUCCCUUUUCUUGUUUUAAGGAGAGUGGGCGGCGCCUCCGGUCCAUUUCUGAGUUUUGCCAGCUGGUUUCCAGUCACACCUUGUAUUUAUCUGAGCCGGCUGCAAAAAUGCAUUCUGUUAUUUUACUUUCUGAGUUGAGACUGGCGUCCCCGGAAGCGAAGGAUGUUCCUUGCUUCUGCACCACUUUGUGCUGUGUGUCCUCUCAGCCCCUGUCUUUGUCUCCCUUCUGGCAGGUGGGAUUCAUCGACUACAUCGCUCACCCGCUCUGGGAAACCUGGGCUGACCUCGUCCACCCGGACGCCCAGGAGAUCUUGGACACCCUCGAAGACAACCGCGAAUGGUACCAGAGUAUGAUCCCGCACAGCCCCCCGCCGCCCCCCGACGGGCUGGCGUCCGAGAAAGGAGCCCCUGACAAGUUCCAGUUCCAGCUCACGUUGGAAGAGGAAGACGGAGAGGAGUCAGGCGCCGAGAGCCCCCUGGAAGAAGACCACAGCGAGGCGAAAACCCCAGGGACCACCGAUGACUCAGAGUCGGCCCCCGAGCCUCUGGCGUCCCCCAUGGACAAGCAGGGCAGCCCCCCAAGGAACGUCCUGGCGAUGCAGAACUUUGAUAACCGGAGGACACUCUUGCAGAGUGACGGGGGCUCUGCCACGGGGGCCACCACCAAAAGGAGGACAAGCGAGGCCGGUCUUGAUCAAGAAGGGAAUAUCACCUUCCUGCCCCUUGGGACGUAAUGGGGGCAGUGGGGUUGGGGAAAAGGCACUGUUGUCGCCCCAUCUUGGCGGCGUCACGGGGUGGGUGUGUCUUGAAAGGCCUCUCCGCCGCCGGAAAAGGUCCACCAUGGUGGUUUCCUUGCCCUCUUCCCGAGAAAACUAUGGAAGAACGCCAACGGCGGGCGUGUGCCCAGGGGCAGAAGGCCACGCCUCGCCCCUCCUGUCUUCCUCCCAGCAUUUUCCGCCCAUGGAGCCCGGGUUGUGCCACAAGCCCAGCUGUGGGGAGAAAUCUUCCCCCUUCCUCCUGGGACCUGCGGGGUUCCGAUGGGGACUGAGCCCAUGGGAGAAGAGGAUCCAUGGGCGACCGCAAGCUUUGUGGGCAGAGGGUCACGAGUUUCGUCCCUGACAACUCCCGUUUUUUUGUUUUUUAAAAAAUGAUUUUGGGUAACCUUGCCGGGCUGAGAAAAGGCCUUUCUCCCCGUCUGUGGGACUGACUUUGAGGAUCCGUUGGGGGUCAGUCUAAACACAUAUGAACCGCCCGACUUGCAUUCUCUCCAAAUGUUGGUUUCACUGGUGGGGUGGCGGAGCUUGGGCUGUGCGUGGUCCAGGUUCGAAUCCCACUUCGGCUUGAGACCUUGCGUGCGACGUGGGGAUGGAUGGGUGAGUUGCACUGGACUUGAAAAGGCCCCUUUGGGUGUUGCAAGCGGAGGGCUGUGCAGAGAGAAAGCACCCAACGCCGCUCUCCCCAGCACAAGCAAACCAGUAUCCCUCCAGUGAGAAAUUGCCUCCGGUUAUUGCUCUUCACCCAACAGGCUCCCCCAUGGGAGCAAGAAGCCCUUGCCCUGCAGUGGGAGAUUCGCCUCCUUUAUCUUCUCCCUUUCUAAGUCUGCUCCUGGAACCUGCAGGAAUCCAGGCCUUGCUCCACGUUUUCUCGCCCCCGAUAGCCGCGCUGGAAACAAACUUCGGCAGGCUAACGUCCCGCGCUGUCUUUUCUCCUCUAUGGAAAUAUUUAUAGACAGCUAUUUUUAAAAAAGAAGAAGAAAUCUGCCAUGUUUUUUCUCUUCAAGGCACUGCUUCGGAAUGAAAACACCCCUUACAUUUCCUCCCCCACCCUUUCCAUUUUCCAUUUUCCCCUUUUGCAGUGUCCCCCCCCCCCCGAAAGGGCAGAAUGGAUAUAAAUACUUUCAGGAUUUGGGAAGAGAUGAAGCUGGGUAUUUUUAAAAGGAGAUCGGGGUUGGGGAUGUUCUUGGGAACAAAAUAGGAAGUGAAUAAGACAUCCAGGGGGGUGUAUGUGAGGGGGAGAGACCCUGCGGGGUUAAUUCAUCUUUAGAGCAGACCCCUUAAGACUCUAAGAAUCUUAUAUACAGUGGUGCCUUGGUUCUCAAACUGAAUCCGUUCCGGAAGUCCGUUCCAAAACCAAAGUGCGCUUUCCCAUAGGAAGUCAUGCAAAACGGAUAAAUCCGUUCCAGACUUUUAAAAGCAACCCCUAAAACUGCAAUUUAACGUGAAUUUUACUAUCUAAUGAGACCAUUGAUUGAUAAAACGAAAGCAACCACCAAUGCACUGUGCUACAAAAUAAAUAAGACAGUAUUGUAGAUGGUAAAUUUCUUUUAAAAAUCUUGGCUGCACUGAUGAUAGUCAUUGUUUGGAUGGGGGGCUUUUAUCCAUUUCCGCAGUCACACAAUCAAUCCAUCAGUAGCUGAACUGGGUUCCGCACGGUCACAGAAACAAAUGAACAGAAAAAGCCUCAGAAACAAAAACGCAAAAUAAAGAGCAAAAACCAAAGCGCCAAACUUAAUCCGUUCCGGAAGUCCGUUUGACUUCCGAAAUGUUCGAAAACCAAGGCAUGGCUUCUGAUGGCUGCAGGCACCCAGGAAACAAUAGCCAACAGCCGCAUUGGACGAUCGGCUUCCGAAAAACGUUCCAAAACCGGAACACUCACUUCCAGGUUUUUGGCAUUUGGGAACCAAGACAUUUGAGUACAAAGGUACCACUGUACAAGCAAGGAAAUUGGGAUGGGGGGAGUCCCCAAGCCACAGCAAACGAGGCUACCACCUUUAAUUUAUUAGAUGAGUAUAUAUUUUACGGAGCUUUUGUAGCCUUAAGUUUUAACAAUAAUAACCUGGACGUGUUGAAUUUGAAGUGUGCUAACCCUCACAACCAGUCCGCUCACCCCUGUUUCAUUGUCUGAUACUGAUAUUACUGUGACUUGUGUUCAGAAACACUGCGUUAUGUGUGCGUAUAUAAUAUUUUUUCCCCACAUGGCACUUUGAGUUUCCUGACCGGCCGCUGAGCCCUUGGCUGGGAACCGCACCUUGUUUUUCUACGGCACCUUGUCUCCCCCAGUAUAAUUUCCAUGUAAAAAAACCAAAUGCUGAUUUAUUUUAUUUUAUAUAUAUUUUUAAAAUCAUGCUAUAAAGCUACAGCACUUGAAACCUAAGUCUCUGCACCAAAGAUCUUGCGAUAUCAGAAAAAUGGCCAAAAUAAAUGUUGGUGGGUGGGAAGAUGGAAGUGCAGUGAGUUGGUUGUGAUUAUUAUGAUUUAUGGAAUUUAUAUACCGCCCUAUACCCAGAGGUCUCAGGGCGGCUUGCAGUGGCAGUGAUGAGGCGAGGGAGAAGGAGAUACAGGAAAAUUUGGAAAGAAAUUCAAAGGAAGAGAGAGCCGACAAUAUGAUGGCUGAGAACACAUUUAUUAUUACAGUAUUAUUAUUAUUAUUAUAUAUACACCACUUCAUUGUUAAAAAAAACCUUAGAAGCAGUUGGAAGCUGGGGCAACCCAAUCAGAUGGGCGGGGUACAAAUAAUAAAAGUAUUAUUAUUACGCUUAUUAAGGGCACCAGAGGCUACUAGGCAAUAUGAAAGGGCCCUCUGAGCUUGGGGCGACCUCCUUUUUUAAACCUUCCCUCUUUCCCCCAGAAUACACUUUGAGAGGCAUCAUUAAGGCAUCAUCACUACAUCACUAGCAUGUCACAAAUGGGGAGGGGUAAAAGGUAAAAAAUAAAGGACCCCUGGAUGGUGAAGUCCAGCCAAAGGCGACUAUGGGGUUGCUGCGCUCAUCUUGCUUUCAGGCCGAGGGAGCCGGCGUUUGUCCACAGACAGCUUUCUGGAUCAUGUGGCCAGCAGGAGAAACCGCUUCUGGAGCAGCGGGACACCGUGACGGAAACCAGAGUGCACGGAAACACCAUUUACCUUCCCGCCGCAGCAGUUGAUCUACUUGCGCUGGUGUGCUUCCGAACUGGUAGGUUGGCAGGAGCUGGGACAGAGCAACGGGAGCUCACCCCAUUGUGUGGAUUCGAACAGCUGACCUUCUGAUCAGCAAGCCCAAGAGGCUCAGUGGCUUAGUCCAGGGGGGGCCAACUCCCAAGAGACUGUGAUCUACUCACAGUUAAAGACUGGCAGUGAUCUACCAGCUUUUUGGGGGGGUUCAGGUCAAAGUUGCAGAGCUUUUUUUAGGAAGAAAUGCCCCAUUUAGGGAGGGAGGACGAAAGCCCCGUUUUUUGGGGGUGCAGGGCAAUUUAAAUGUUGAACUUUGGGGGAGGAGCCAGUGAUCUACCACAGGUAUCCAGUGAUCUACCGGUACAUCACUAUCUACCUGUUGGACAUGCCUGGCUUAGACCAAAGUGCCACCUGUGUCCUAGGGGAGGGGUAUACAAGGGUUACACAAGUUUGACAUUAGGUCUCUUGAUCAGACACCUUCCCCAACGCCUCUUAAGUCCCCAUCACUGAAAGAACAAGAAAACUCUUGACAUCUCCUUGCCCUCUGGACUUGUCUGGAGAUGGGCUUUCAGAACACCUGCCUCUGCGGAUGUCUCUUGUUGCCCCCUUGGUCACGCCCUGGGUGGGGUGCCGUGGAUGUGCUCUCCCGCUUGGGGAAUUCUGGCGGGUUGCCCUGUUCCUGCUUCUUGGUUCAGGGAGGGAGGUGGAGCCCAAACUCACCUUUCUCUCAGGGUUCAAAUGGCGUUGGAAUGAGGAGAGUCGGUUAAAGUAUGGAUUUUCUACAAAUUUAUGAAGCUAGGCAUCUUCCCUGGGCUGUCGUCGAAAGGAUACACUCAGGCAUAAUAUUUGUAUCAUUGCAACAUCUUUAAAGAUGUGCCCCCCAUGUCAUUUCCGUAACACUAUUUCAAUUGUUCAGUCCUUCAGGGCAUCUCUAGGUAGGACUGGGAGAAACUCUGCCCAAAGCCCUCAAGAGCCACUGCUUCCUACACUGCUCUUGAGACAGCUCCUUCAUUCAGAACCAUGAGGACUAGACCAGGGGUAGGCAACCUAAGGCCCAGGGGGCGGAUCCAGCCCAAUCGCCUUCUCAAUUCGGCCCGCGGAUGUGUUUUCACAUGAGUAGAACGUGUCCUUUUAUUUAAAAUGCACCUCUGGGUUAUUUGUGGGGCAUAGGAAUUCGUUCAUUCCCCCCCCCCAAAUAUAGUCGGCCCCCCACUGAAAAGGUUUGCUGACCCCUGAAGGACACUUCCUUCCUUCCUUCCUUCUCUCUUUCUCUCCCUUUCUUUCUUUCUUUCUUUCUUUCUCCUUCCUUCCUUCCUUCUCUUUCCUUCCUUCCUUCCUUCUCUCUUUCUAUCCCUUUCUCUGUUUCCUUUUCUUUCUUUCUUUCUUUCUUUCUUUCUUUCUUUCUUUCUUUCUUUCUUUCUUUCUCCUUGCUUCCUUCCUUCUCUCUCUCUCUCACCUUCUUUCCUUCUCUUUCUUUCUUUCUUUCCUUCCUUCCUUCCUUCCUUCCUUCCUUCUUCCUUCUCUUCCUUUUUUCCUCUUUCUCUCUCUCUCUCUCUCAUAUCUUGAUCUGCCAGGAGAAAGGACCCUGGGGCAGUGGCUGGGCGAUCUGGAAUGGACAAUCAAAGAAGGGUGAUAAUCUCAUUCCUCAAGUCUUUAUCAAGAAUGCAAGCUGUAUCUUAUGAUACACUCUUUCAUGGAAGAAGAGCGGCUCUGCCGGGGCAUUUGACGUUCUUCUUGUAAAGCCGCCUUUCAAGGAGAAGAUGACAAAUGUCCCUUUUCACCCCCAACCCUCCUUCCCUCUCUGCAAAUCCGUCACUGACAGGCCCGGCUUCCAAAUAACAUAAAUAUUUAAGCCCAAGGUGGGACAGCUUAUCUUUGCUGCCGGCUUGCUGCUUCCCCUCGGCACCCUUGAUUCAUUGCAUGCAUGUCAACGCCCGGUUCAAGAUGUCUCCACGAGGAUUUGUGGAUUGCAGUUGGGGGGCCAGUUGGGCCAGCUUGCAAGACCUCCCAUUUCUCAUAUAUAUAUAUAUACAGGGUCCCUUGGUUCUCAAACUUAAUCCGUUCCAGAAGUCCGUUCCAAAACCAAAGCAUUCCAAAACCAAGGCGCGCUUUCCCAUAGGAAGUCAUGCAAAACCAUUCCAGACUUUUAAAUGUUUCGUCGUCUAGUCGUGUCCGCCUCUUUGUGCCCCCCUGGACCAGAGCACGCCAGGCCUUCCUGUCUUCCACUGCCUCCCGCAGUUUGGUCAGACUCAUGUUCGUAGCUUCGAGAACACUGUCCAACCAUCUCGUCCUCCGUCGUCCCCUUCUCCUUGUGCCCUCCAUUUCCCCCAACAUCAGGGUCUUUUCCAGGGAGUCUUCUCUUCUCAUGAGGGGGCCAAAGUCUUGGCAGUGAUCCCCUUCAUGGAUCACUGCCUUGCCGGGGCGAAGGGGCUUGAAUAACUCAGAGAAGCUAUGAGCUACGCCGUGCAGGGCCACCCAAGAUGGACAGGUCAUAGUGAAGAGUUUUGACCAAACGUGAUCCACCUGGAGCAGGAACCGGCAAGCCACUCCAGUAUCCCUGCCAAGAAAACUCCAUGGACAAAGACAACUGGCAUAUAAAAGUUAUGACGCUGGAAGAUGAGCCCCUCAGGUCGGAAGGCGUCCAACAUGCUACUGAGGAAGAACGGAGGACAAGUACAAGUAGAUUCAGAGCUGAUGAAGCGGCUGGGCCAAAGCCGAAAGGACGCUCAGUUGCAGAUAUGCCUGGAAGCAAAAGGAAAGUCCAAUGCUGUAAAGAAAAAUAUUGCAUAGGAACCUGGAAUGUAAGAACCAUGAACCAGGGUAAGUUGGAUGUGGUCAAAAAUGAGAUGGCAAGACUUUUAAAAACAACCCCUAAAACAGCAAAUUAAUGUGAAACGUGCAAAAAACUGGAGGUGUGAAGGAGGAGAUGGAGACAGGGGAAGUCAAAUGGCAAGGGAAGCAUAGAUGAAAGGCAUACCCUCCAACAUAGAGGGAAAUCGGCAUGUCCUAUUCCAUGAUGAUAAUAAUAUUUUAUUAUUUGUACCCCGCUCAUCUGACCAGGUUGCCCCAGCCACUCCCGGCGACUUCCAACAUAUAUAGAAACAGAACCGAUGUCUUCUAAAAGUUGGAUGGCCACUUAUCUCCUUGGUUUGGGGGGCCACAUAACUCCAUCCCCUUCCAACAUUUCUCCCACGAAAAUAGGGAGGUGCUAAGGAAAUAAGAAUAAUAUAAUAAUUUAUUAUUUAUACCCCGCCCAUCUGGCUGGGCUUCCCCAGCCACUCUGGGUGGCUUCCAGCAAAAUAUUAAAAUACAAUAAUUCAUCAAAUAUUACAAGCUUCCCUAAACAGCAGAAAAGCUGAAUCAAAUCAGAAAUCAGGAUGGCUUCUGUAAAUCCUGGGAAAUAGGGGCACUCGGAGGGUGGUGCAGCUAGGCCGGGACCCGUGCCUCUGUGCAUGUGCAGAGUGCCUCUCCUCUGCAGCAGCUGUGAAGGGAUUCUUCCAGGAUCCUUGCAACAACCUGGGUGUUUCUAAAACCUAAAUUUAAAAUUGGAGUUAGGUUGCCACCUUGUGGCCACAUGGCAAGUCUGUAGAAUCUUUCGCCACAUUGCAACAGAUUUAUGAACCAAUACAAAUCCCGUUCGUUCUCCCCUCCGGCACCUAAUAAUAAUAAUAAUAAUAAUAAUGGACCUUUCCAGUAUAGAGGACAUUUGUGACGGAAAAAGUUGGUUCCACAAGUGUUUUUUUUUAAAUUUUUCUCCUGCCAGCCUCUGAUUGGCUGUGGUUCCAGGAGGGAGAUUGAAAUAUUUCAUGCUCUUUAUUGCAGCUCAAUAAACAGUGAAUGAAUUUCCCCCCAAACCCCAGGCUUUAAUAGUUACACAAUCAGUGUCCCGUCUGAUUGGUUGAUUAUGUUUCCCUCCUGGGGUCUGAUUGGGCCAAUCAGGUUGUUGCAUUGUGGGAUCCUACCUCCCUAUUGGUCUAGGAUCCAAGCUUAGUACAUAACAGAGAGUUUAAAAGGAGAGGCUUUGGAAUUAGGGGGUGGCUGAGUAGAGGUGGAUGGGGAGGGAGGUUGGGAGGAUAGGUAGGAAGAUAAUAAUAAUAAUAAUAAUAAUAAUAAUAAUAAUAAUAAUAAUUCAUUACUUAUACCCUGCCCAUCUGGCUGGGUUUCCCCAGACACUCUGGGCGGCUUCCAGCAGGAGAUUAAAAAUACAUUAAAACAUCAGUCAUUAAAAAACUUCCCUAAACAGGGCUGCCUUCAGACGUCUUUCUGGCCAUUCCUUUAUGAUGGUCAGUACUCAAUUCCCGAACCCAGGUCACAGGCUCACCCUGUUCACACACAGAUAGGCCCUUAAGACAGGAUUUGUGAGCAAAGACACAAUGGGGCGGUUUUCCCAUUUCCUUUGUCCUUGCAAAAGAAACAUUUGAGGUCAAUUUGGGAGAGACAAAAAAAUUGUUUUUGGACUUUUUUCCUGUACUGUUUCAGGCAUGCGGCUUAUAUAUUUAUGUAUGUGUUUGCCUGGUAGAUUUACAGUGGUACCUCGGGUUACAAACACUUUGGGUUACAGACUCUGCUAACCCAGAAAUAGGACUUCAGGUUAAGAAUUUACCUCAGGAUGACAACAGAAAUUUGUGCGCCAGUGGCAGCGGGAGACUCCAUUAGCCAAAGUGGUACCUCAGGUUAAGAACGGUUUCAGGUGAAGAACGGAGCUCUGGAACGAAUUAAGUUCUUAACCCGAGGUACCACUGCAUUUUAUACCUCAGACCUUACAAUUCUCAUAACACCUAGAAGAGUAAUGAGGCCAGGAAUGAACUGGGAGGCUGAGGCGGAAACAGGAGGAAUGGAAGGUGGAAAGAGACGUCUCCUUGGGUCUCCUUCCAGUCCGGAGGGGAGAGAUUCUUCCAGAAAGAGAAGCCUCCCAAAGCGGCCAUCUCUUGGGUCUGCUACUUGGAAGUCCCUCAGGAGAAACUGACAGAAAGGACCACCUUGUUCAGAGACAAAGGAUUAAGCGCAAAACAACGGAGAAAACCUUGACGGGAAAUAACAUUGUAAGCUGAGGUCUCCAAAGUUUCAUCCACCCGGCUCAUAGACUUCCUUGUUCAAGAAAACCGUUCUUGUUCAUUUGAACAAAUCCUGCCUGAGACUCCCAAUUGUUCAGUUUUACCUCACGCAAGUCCCUUACAAAACAAUCUGAGGGAGUUUGAGGGAAUUGGUGGAAGUGGGCGCUCUGUUUGGAAGUGAGAGGCCGUUGUGCCCAUAUUAAUUGGUGGCAGCGCCAUGAUACGAAGUGAAAUCCCACACAGAAACGAACCCAGAGACACAGAACAACCGGUUUCAUAAAGUACUAGAGCUAUUUCAUUAAAAGGAGGAAAAUUUCCUGUCAGAAAAUGACCAGCAAGUGCCAAGCCAAAGAGACUCAGGAUGACCCAGUGCAGAGCUGCUGCAUCUGAGGAAAAUCCUCCACUGAAUGAGAGAUGAGGAGACUAAGAUUGGAACUGGCUAAAGUUGAAGCAGAGAAAGAAAAAGAUAAAGUUGAACAGAAGUGGUGUUCUGUGAGGUGGGCGCUCCAUUUUUAAGCGAGAGAACAGCCCAACGGCGCCAAGGGGAAAAGGGCCGUCGCAAUAUUCCCAAGCCUUUGCAACUUGACCCAUCUCUUCUAACGUUGCUCUCUCCUUUGGAAACUGAGCAAAAGUUUUCUCUGUCUUAGAUAGUGUUAUUACACGAUCUAUGUUCCUUUUUUCUUUUGGACAUCCUUGAGGAAAAGAAAACGUUGGAACUGAGCAGGGGCAGGAAAAGCGGUUUUUGCUUCUCUGGGCCACAGACUCCUGAAAACCGGCCGGUCUGGGCAGCCAGGCAGCCAUUGUGAAAGGGAGGAAGGCGGGAAACUCCAGAAUCUGAAUUGAGAACUGCUGCCAUUUUGCUGAGGCAAAAAGCAGAGAAAGGGAGGGGAAAUGCCAGGCGGGAAAGUUCUGCAACCUGCACUAAAAACGAAAGAGAACGAACUCUUUUUGUGCCGGCUGAGCGAUGCUGCAACUCAGGUGAUGCUCAAGGACUAGUAAGCAGAAGUAAUGGUAUGAGAAUUAGAAGGUCUAAGGUAUUAUUAAUAUUAAUCGGUGGCAGCAUCGUGAUACGAAGUGAAAUCCCACACAGAAACGUACCCAGAGACACAGAACAACCGGUUUCAUAAAGUACUAGAGAUAUUUGAUUAAAAGGAGGAAAAUUUCCUGUCAGAAAAUGACCAGCAAGCGCCAAGCCAAAGUGAUGCUGCAACUCAGGUGAUGCUCAAGGACUAAUUAAGAAGCAUAACUAAAGUUAUGAGAAUUAUAAGAGCUAAGGUGUAAAAUAAAUGUUCAUAAACGUACCAGGCAGACACAUCCAUAAUUACAUAAACCACAUGCCUGAAACAGGACAGGAAGACAGUCCUGAAGCCCUUUUGACUCUUUCAGGGGCCUCAACUCUUCCUCUGCAGUUUGGAUGGAAAGGGGAAAAGCUUCCCCCUUGUCUCCCUGCUCCCAAAUCCUGCCUGAAGGGCACCUUUGGGGGUGAAGAGGGGAGCCUGAGGCCUGGACUCAGAAAUUCAGAUUUAUCCUCACAAAAGGAGGGCCAGGCUCUCCAGGCAAACCCAGCAACAGGUAUCCUGGCAGACAGGAUUUCUGCUGUAGACCUGCCUCCCUCUGCGGUGUAUUUGUGAACGGAGAAAUCUGAGGGCUCCUUGGACCAAAAGCAAGGAGACCAGCCAGGAAUCCCAGAGCAAAAGAGCAGCCAGUCGGCUUGGUCUUGAUUGAAGACGGUGGCGCCAGGACUCCCACCUGCCCCCAGGUGGAACAAGAUGGAAGCCCAGAACAAGACAGAACCCAAACUUUUCUUAGCUGCUCAUCCCCAUCUUACAGCCCCCCAACUACAUCACGGUUACAUCAUGAAAGGGUUCUCCUUGCCCUCCACCAAACACCCAUCAAGUGGAACAAAAGAGAUAUUCACAUUUCCUUAUUUCCCAGCCAAGUUCAUCCCACCCUUUUGUCCUCAUCUUGGUUUGCGGGCCCACACGCUAAGCCCUGUCUGUGGUGCCUACCCCCUUUUCCCAAAUGAUGGCACAAGAGACCAGAGUAUGGGUUCAAAUGGGCCACAACUUGAUUGAAUUUUAGAAGUGGGGAACUUGGCGCAGGCCUUGGCAGGUAACCCUCUCAGCCCGCCUGGCUGAGGACAUGCAGGCAGUUGAGGCCGAGCGAGAGGGGACUGCAAAGCGCAAACUUACACAGCCUGCCCUUCCAGUCACCUCGUCCCGGGAGUUUGACCCACAUGCCGCCGCUCUAGGGCCAGGGACGCCCGGUUUGCCCUUCAAUGGGCCCUGCAAGCAUGAAUGAAUCCCCCCCCCCCCAACUUGAUGUUAGACUAAAGGCUACCUUGCCAAGGCCUAAAACCGCCAAAGUUGUGACGGAAUUGCUACGGGGAAGGCGAAACCUGCCAAUGCAGGGGAAAUUCCUUCCCGGUUCUGAAUACAGCAACCAUCUUACGACCGCAGCAGCGCCCGCUGACCUGGAAGGCAAAAUAUCAGCCUGUAAAGAAGAAACCGUUAAAUUGACGAUCGCUGACCUAAGCUGAAAUUAAAAGUCAAGAAAUAUUAAUUGAGGGAGGGUGGGUGGGUGAUCCCAGAAGGAAGAGCAGCAAAAGAGGCUUGAGCCCAGGAGUCAGCCGCUUUGCCUUUGGCCUUAGGCCCACCCCCGGCCGGCCGUCCAUUGUCAAAGGCCAGCUCAGGCAGGUGGGUGGCACCUGCCCAGGUGAGCCUCGCUUGGUGCCGCAAAGCCCGCCCACCUGGGGGGAAGGGAGGGCGGAUAUUGUGAUGUCUGGCAUGGCUACCUGUCUGGCCCUCAGGAGGCCAGGGAUGAUCCCUCAGGCAGAGGGGCUGCGGAGCAGCGGAGCUCACAGGUCUAGAGGCAUUUCUGAACUUUUCCCCGUGAGCCAGUACAGAGAGACAUUGAUCAUUUGGUAUUGUGCAGCAAAGGCCCUUUGAAGAGACAGGAAGAAACCGGGAUGAAGUGUUUUGUGGGGACAAGUCACAAAAGUCACAAAAGGGAUUGGGCUGGUUUGGGCAGUGGGCUGCAUGUGUAUGAGAUCUGCUGGAAUUUAUACAUAAAUUCCUUGCAGUAUUUGUAUGCAGGCAUGUCCAAAGUCCAUUUUGGGGGCCUAAUCCUGCCCGCCGGUCCAUUUAAAUGUUUGAUGUAUUAUUGUAUUUUAAUAUUCAUUUUUUGGGAAGCCGCCCAGAGUGGCUGGGGAAGCCCAGCCAGAUGGGCAGGGUAUCAAUUAAUAAUAAUAAUAAUAAUUAAUAAUAAUAAUAAUAAUAAUAAUAAUAAUAAUAAUAAUAAUAAUUAUAUUAAUCCAGCCCCCGUGGCAGUAUAUGUCCUGGGGUCAAAUCCAAAAAAAAAAAGCCGAACAACUCUUCAAUCCUAAAAGCUCAACAACUUUGGUGUGAAAUUGUAUAAAAAGUUCAACAACUCUUCAAUCCUUCAAAGCUCAACAAUUUUGGUCAGCCCUAAAUAAGGACUAUACGGGCUCUUGGGUACCAAAAAGGAGCCGUGUUUUUUCUUAUAACAAUAGUGUUAUUACUGUAAGCGAUUAAAAAGUUUAGCAGGGUUGACAUAAACAUGAGGCGUAAAAAAUAAACUUCUGGAGAGCAAAAAGAUUACAUUUGUAAACAGGUUGGAACUGGUGAUAUAAAAUAAGGAACCGCAGAGAGCGGAGGAGCGAAGUCGAAGGAAGUUUUGGUUUUUGUUCAGAUGUAGAAACACUGUAAAAUGAGAAAUGGGGAAAAUACAAUAUUUUUCUUUAAAAAAGAAAUUAUCAAUGGAACACAGAUAAAAUUGGGGGGAAGCUUUUGAAAGCUAAUACGAGUGAUGUAAUAAUGUUGGCAUCAUAUUAUUAUUAAUUUCAUUUCUGUACCUCUUUAUGUUUUUAAGGAAAGAAUCUCAAAGCGGUUGACAAGAUACAUUAAGGCAUCAAAUAAAACCCAGAAUAAAAUGUAAAUCGUGUCAAGAGGCAGGGAGUUCCAAAGUUUUAAGGGCUGCCAUGUUGAAAGAUGGAUGUUUUCAUCAUGACAGCAGCAAUAACCGUGUAUUUGGCUUGAUAUUUUUAUUAUUAAAAAACCCCUCAAUCCAUAAUUGAUCUUAUAUGGCCAGAACAAUCUCCAGCAUCGUUCCUCAUAGAUUUGUGGAUUAUAUAAUUGCUUUGACACCAGUGGGCUUCUAUAUGUGGUAUUUUAUUUUAUUUUUGUCUGAAACGUCAGAUGAGCAUUUUUUGUGAGAUAAAAAUCAUGGUGAUAAUUGAACAGAAAAGCACAACAGCAGACUAUCCUGAGGUGAAAAAUUGGUCAGAAAUUCCCCUCUGGUCUUUCUUCUUCUGAUUUACGUGAUUUAUUUCUGGAUGACCAGCAUUUAAAGGACUCUGAGGGGGCUUAAUAGCCCUUGAAUAAAAACAGAAUUAAGAAUAAAUAAAUUCCCCUCAUGCCCAGCAUUUAUUCGAGGGCUUAAUAGCUUAAUAGCCCUCGAAUAAAAAUAGAAUUUAAGAAUAAAUAAUUUUCCCUCAGAGUCACGUGAUUUGCUUCGCCAUAGAUACGCCGGGGGGGGUAAGGGAAAAAAUGGCGGGAGAAAGAAAUCUCGCGAGGUUUCGCGAGGCUUCUCCUUAGAAAUCAGCCCCGUUGGGUUUCAAGCGAGCUGGUUACGGGGCUGCCAAUCCUAGGCGAUCCACCAAUCGCGUGGCGGGAUGGCAGCUCCCACCAUCCCGCCUCCAGGAGCUGCGAAGGCGGAGGCGGCGCCUUGCUCCCUGACGUCACCCGCCCUAUUUGCAUAGCCGCCCUCCCCUUUCGGAGCGCUGGUGACGUCAGCCCGGGUUCUGCAGGCAGGUGCCGUCGCCUCGCGCCGCUUGUGCUGCUGCUGCUGCUGCUGCAUUUGCUGCUAGACCCGAAGCGCGUUCCCGAGGUGAGUGCGCGCCUUGGGCAACCCCCCCAAGCUUUGCACCCCCCCCCCGGGGCCGUCUUUUCCCCUUUCCUGCAUUGCACCUUUUGCAUCCCUGCAUUGCAUGCGAAAGAACGCGUCUCUGGGGGGGCUGGUAACCUUCAUUUGACACAUGCAAAAAAAAAAAAGAAGAUGCAAAAUUGCAGGGGGGUGGGGAGAAAAAAAGCCAAGCCUAAAGCGCUGGAUUCUUUACCAAAAAGAUAUAAUUAAAAAUGGAGGUGUUUUGGACAGGGAUGAUGCUGGCUUGCUAACGGGAGCGGUGCUUUCCUUUUUUUAUUCUGCAUUUUCUUGCAAUGGGCGGCGAUGGGCUAAGCUGGAAAUGCUGGCCUGGCAAAAGAGGCUUCGGCGAUGCAGAUGGUAAACAGGCGGAUUGGGAAAGGAGGGACGGGGGGGGGGAGGGGGGAGCGAGCAGCGCAGGUUGGAAAAGGAGCCAGAUCUGGUGGGCCUUAUUUGCAAUGGGGGGGGGGGGAGGCUGCUUUUUGCAAAAAAAAGCAAAAACCUCAACUCAAAAAAGCAAAAAAACCCUUCCCAAACCUCUGCGUUUUGUAAGGAGCUGGAUCCGAAUGGCUUUGGCAGGAGCUCACCUUUCGGAUGACAAGAACGAGCUUAAGAUGGUUUUUUCUUUCUCCCUCUGCCCCCUUUUCCAAUUCCUCUGAUGCAGAGGGAGCUUGCAAAGCUAAAAAACGAAAAAUCAAGGCGGAGAGAGGCAAUUCAUUCACGUUUUUUGGAUCCUCUCCCCACCCCCACCCCCUUUGGCAGACCAUAAUUGCAACCCACUGCGUGCUUUUCUGGAGUGAGCGAUGCAGCAUUGAAUGUAGGCAAGGAGAUGAUGGUUUUGGGUGCUUGUCUUGCCUUUUGCACGGGAAGGCGAGAAAAUGGAAUGGACUGGGCCAGCGUUAGCCCUACUCGGAGUAGACCUAUUGAAGCAUUGCAUGCAUCCCUUGUUUCCAGAAUGUACCCCCUUUUUUGCAAUUCCACCUCCUGUCCUCUUGGUUUUCAGCCGAGAGGGACGUUUGCAACUGGAUCAGAUUUGUGCAGGGGGAGAACGGAGCGUGUGUCCUGUUGAUGGACGGCCGUCCAGGCCAAAGGGCUGCCACGCAACGCCUGGCGUAUGAAUAAUUGAUGCCCGGGUGCCAAGGGCAACCAGGAAGCUGGGCCCUAUUGAUGUCGCCAAGAUCGACGUCUUUUCUGUGGGGACCGGGGCUGAUGAAGGCUGGUGGCCUGGCUGCAGGGCCCGAUUUACGUCUAAGCUCAAGCUCUAGCUUAGGGCCCCACUCUCUUGGCAGCCCCCCAAAAAUUAAAGGGGAAAAACCUGGAUGUACAUUUCCAAAAUAUAAGAUAAAAACCAAAUAAAAUAAAACCUACAUGCAGCAACCGUGUUUUGUGUUGUGUUGGCUCCUCGCAUGUAAGUCAUGGGCCCUGUCUGCUCCCUCAAAUAUCCCUGCUUUGCCCCUUUCUAUAUAUAGGGUGCCAACAUUCUGCAUGGACUGGUUGCAUGGAAACAUGUGCAAAGGGCUUGAGAUACCUAUUAGGUCCAUCAAUGACCAUAUAGCAUAUAUUCAGCACCAAAAACAGUGACAAUUUGUUGUUGACAACAGACAGCUGGACAUAGAAAGGGCCCCAUUACCUUCAGGAGCUGAGGGCCGCAUCAGACCUCAAUCCGGCCCUGCCUGGGUGGCAUUUAAAAGUGGGCUGUGUGUGUGUGUGAACCAAAUGUGUGGGGAGGAGGAGAGGGCCUGUUGGUGGCUCAGGCAGAGCCCCCUGUUCAGGAGCAGUCUAUCUGCGGACAGGCAAAGAGAUGGGGCCCUGCUGCUUGAGCAUCCGCCUCCGUUGUUGUCGGCUGUUAGAUUGUAUUUGGCAGGAUUAGGUCGAAUCUCGCAUGCGGCCCCGGGGCCUCUCUUACCAGGCCCUUGGCACCCUCCUCUUGGUUUUGGACUGGCUGGAAUGUUGCUCUCGAACUCGGACCAGGCAAGAUUUGCAUCGGUGGUUCCUCCCACUCCUGGCCCCACCCACCGUGAGGCCGUGCGGCCCUCGGCACAAUUGCACAGCGCACAAUGUGGCCCUUGGGGUCACGCAGGGCCGGCGGGGAGGGCAAGAUAGGGGCAAGCAAGGCAGACGAGGACCCGGGUUCAAAUCUCCGCUCAGCCAUGCGCCGGGUGACCUUGGAGGCCAUUGAAUGUCUUCUGUCCUGCCUCGCAGGGUUGUUGUGAUGAUGAAAUGGGGAAGGGGAGGGUGGGAGCGACUCAAUCGUCCUGGAGGAAAUGCAACAAAUAUUUACAAUGUUUGAGACGCUGCCUAAUAAGUAGAAUAGUUGUUUUCUGCAUUAUUAAGAGGGAUUCUUGGAGGAGUGGCGGGCUAGGCAAUAAAUAUAUUUAUGAUUAAGUAAAUUUGUAUACCGCCUGAUACCCGCAGGUCUCAGGGCAGUUCACAAGAUAAAAUCGCAAUAUAAAACCACAACAUGCAGAAUAAAAAUAAAAACGAGAACAAUCCAAUAGCGCCCCAGCUCCCCAACACAUUUUAAAAGGGCAUUGGAUGUCAAAUCAGCCAAAGGCCUAGCUGAAGUGGAAUAAUUACAUAAAUACGGAUAUGUAAUAAACAACUUUAAGAUGUGAGUAAUCCUCAGAGGAAAUAUGCAAUACACAACAAAUUACAAUAUUAUGAUUAUUACAGCAAUUCUUGCAGCAAAUGUGAGUUAUGUAAUAAAUAACCAUAAUAUUAUUUUGAUCAUCCUUGGAAGAGGAGAUAUCUAUAUCGAGUAAUCCUCAGAGGAAAUAUGGGAUACAGAGCAGAUAAUAAUAUUAUCAUUAUUAUCAGAGCAAUUCUUGGGGCAGAUGUGAGUUAUGCAGUGAAAUGGCUGUAAUCUUAUUUCACUCACCCUUGGAAGAGGAGACAUGUAAUAUUGUUAUUACCAUGGAUAUGUUGUUGUUUUUCUUUUAUGUAUUUUUAUAUUUUGAUUUUCUUCUGUGAACCGCCUUGAUAACCUCCCGUAAGCAAGAUCAGUGGGUGGCGGUCCGCAUUCUGGGUGGGGAGGGAGCUGAAAGCAGGGCGUUUCCUGCCCCCCAUGAAAGUUUGAAUGCAGUCGCUUUGCAUUCAGGUCCCAAGUUCAUCCCCCUGGGGAGCCAUUGCUGCCAGUCAGAACAGGCAUUACUGAGCUAGGUGGGCAAGCUGGUCUGGAUUCCACAUAAGACAGCUUCUUUUACCCCUCUGUGUGUGUCGUCGGGGUUGCAGAAGGAAGCAGACCCCGCAGGAUCGCAGCCGGCAGGCAGCCUGUUCCCGAUACCAGGGACAGAACAUCCCGCGUGGGCAAAUUAAGCUUUCCGGACCGCCUCCUCUGACACAGGAAAACGUGGCUCUUCUUCUCCUUUGCCUGCUCACAAACGCACGAUUUUUUCUCCCGUGCUGGGAAGAAGGGGGAAAAGUGUGAGUCGAUGUGCAAGAAUAUCUGGUGCGUUUUUGGACUACAACUCCCAUUGGCCAGUGCCGCUGAAGGAGAAGGAUGAUGGGCUUUGUAGUCCAACGGCAUCUGAAGGAGGGGCGCUGCAUUGAUACCCUACUGCAGUCGGAGCUUGAGAUAGCCGUAGCCUGAAAAAGGCAGAUCAGCCCUCUUCCCGUAUCCGGACUCUUCCCAAAUUAGUCACCCUUUUUUCUGGGGGGUGUCAAUCCUGCAUGCCACAAACAGGCAGGCAAUGGGGGGAGCGCAAGUUGUCGGUCAUCUGGGGUGGGGGGGCAUCUCUCCAUUUCUUUGAAGGAAAUAAGGAGUUUUGUGUUGGCAAAAGCAAGCUGCCCGUCUCUUGCCUUGAUCUCACUUAAUCCUGUUUCCUUGUUAUCCUUUUUGGGGGUUAUCUUCUUUGCCAGAAUUAAAAUUCCUGGAGGUUUGGGGUGAACCAGGGGGCGCAUCUUUCCCAACGCAGCUUGGGGCCCCCCCGCCCUCCCCAAUGCACAAAAAUACCGCUAACUAGGAUCUGGGUUUUUUAUUUAUUUAAUCCUCCCCGGCCUGAGUGUGCAAAUGUGUCUCCCCCUCCCAUAAAAUCCCGGUUUAGGUCGCUUUGACGCCUCCUGUAGGAACGGCUCAGCGGCCCCAAGAUUUGCCUGAUGCGAGCGGGUGGCCAUUUAAUUAGCUAAAAGGGUUAUGCAGAAGGAAAAGUAGGCCGUGGAACAAAGCGUGCGGGUUGAAGGGCCGUUUGAUAGGGCUGCGGCCCUCCCCACCCCCAGACUCCUGGGGAAAUCUGGCCAGAAGCAGCGUUUUGUGGACGCUGUCCGCAAAGAGAGAUUUGCUUCUUUAUUUUGCUCAGCUGUUUUAAUCCAACAGGGUUAGAAAGGGAUCUGGGGCAGUGGGCGAAUGAGAUGGGGGGGGCUCGAUCGGAAAAGAUGGCGACGGAUUCGUGGAAAGCCCCCGGCCGGAAAUGAACGAUCCUUGUCUUCGUUCCCGAUUCUUAAAACUUACCUUGGGGUUGAUGCAUCCCCACCGACGUUUGAAACUGUAAUACAUGCAUUUAUUUAAAAAGGUAGAGAUGCUGUAUUUUUUAUGGUGCAUGGCAAAACACGGCAACGAACGAUGGGAUUUGAGAGGGGAACCGAACAGGCUUCCGUCUUUGCCAUCUUUUUUUCCUUCGCAUAGAUAUUCCCCCCCAGCGGAAGGCAGUUCUCUGAAUGUCACUUUGACUAAUAACCACAUAUUAAUUAUUAUUUCUCCCCUCCGCAAGCAUUUUUUGCCAGCUCGCAUUUCCAGCUCGCCUGCUCUGACUGGUGAGCUACUUUGCAGGAGGGGGUGGAGGAAGGUGGAUGUGGAACGGAAACUGGGUUUCGUUUUCUUCCCAGUCUGUUGCACCAUUAAUGACGCUGGUCCUUUUUUGCAUAGUUAAGGGGGAAAGACAGGGCUUGGGAGCCUUGUUAUCGUUACUAUUUUAUUUUUGCCCAUUUUACACUCUAAACAGCCCUUUGAGGGAGGCUCCUUUCAGAAACAGAUCUCUAAUAAUGACGAUGAUUAUUUAUCAAUAUGCCACCCAUCUGACUGGGUUACCCCAGCCACUCUGGGUGGCUCCCAACAGAAUAUUAAAAACACGUUAAAACAUUAAACCUUAAAGACUUCCCUAAACAGGGCUGCCUUCAGAUGCCUUCUAAAAGUCAGAUAGUUCUUUAUUUCCUUGACAUCUGAUGGGGGGGAGUUCCACAGGGCGGGCGCCACCACCAAGAAGGCCCUCUGCCUGCUUCCCUGCAACCUCGCUUCUUGCAGGGAGGGAACCGCCAAAAGGCGCUUGGGAGAUGGACCCCGGUGUCCGGGCUGAAUGAUGCUCCUUCAGGUCUACUGCGCCUUUGAGGGCUUUCAGCACCAACACUUUGAAUUGCGCUCAGAAAUGUUCUGGGAGCCAAUGUAGGUUUUUCAGGACUGGUGUUGUAUGGUCUCCACUCCCAGUCCCCAGUCUGGCUGCCACAUUUUGGAUUAGUUGCAGUUUCCGGGUCACCUUCAAAGGGAGCCCCACGGAGAGCGCAUGGAGCUCUUGCUUUGGUUUCUCUUUAAUCCUUUCUGGCUUCCACGGGUGUCUCCUGGGGUGCUAGCGAGGGGCCCCCCGGUCGGCCCCCCAUGUCUCAUCACCUUGCCUGCCCUCCCUCCCUCCCCAGAUGGCCUCCGCCACCGACGCCCGCUAUGGCCAGAAAGAGUCCUCCGACCAGAACUUUGACUACAUGUUCAAGAUCCUGAUCAUCGGCAACAGCAGCGUCGGCAAGACCUCCUUCCUCUUCCGCUACGCCGACGACUCCUUCACGCCCGCCUUUGUCAGCACCGUCGGCAUCGACUUCAAAGUCAAGACCAUCUACCGCAACGACAAGCGGAUCAAGCUGCAGAUCUGGGUAAGGAAAGGGCCCGCCUCGCAGGGUCACUCGCUAAGGGAAAGAAGGAGUAAUAAUAAUAAUAAUAAUUAAUAAUAAUUUAUUAUUUAUACCCUGCCCAUCUGGCUGGGCUUCCCCAGCCACUCUGGGUGGCUUCCAACCAAAUAUUAAAAUACAGUAAUACAUCAAAGAUUAAAAGCUUCCCUAAACAGGGCUGCCUUCAGGUGUGAUCUUUCAAGGUGACUGAAAGAGCCCCAUUUCUCCGCCAAGAAAGAGCUCCUUCCGGCUGAUGUUGGGACAGAAUUGGGGGCCUGAUCCUGCCGGGCCCCUCCGUAACAGCCUCUCUUGGCCUUUCCCCAGGACACGGCCGGGCAAGAGCGAUACCGGACCAUCACCACCGCCUACUACCGGGGAGCCAUGGGCUUCAUCCUGAUGUACGAUAUCACCAACGAGGAGUCAUUCAACGCCGUCCAGGACUGGUGAGUCCCGGGGGAGAUCCUGGGGGUGGGAGGGGGGUGUCACCAGCCUCUGGACUAUUAUUCAUCUUUUUGAUAAUAAUUUUUACUAAUUUUCCAUUAUAAUCCAAUAAUAGCCUCACUGUAACCAAGAUAUACCGUAUUUUUCCGUGUAUAUGCUAUAAUGUUAUUGUUCUAGUUAAAUAAAUGGAUUAAACUGUUAUUGAGGAAUUGAUUAUUUUCCUCCUUCCAGCAAAGUACAGCAGAAAAGUUGUCCAAAUAUAAACUGUUGGCUUAUUAAACCUCACCAUAAUUUCAUAAUUAUCUGUCAAUAUGUUUCUAAUAGUAUAACCAAAUCAGUAAUUUUUGAUAUAACUGUAAAAAACGACUCUGAAAAUUUAUUAUUCCAAAAAGGAAGCCUUCCUCUGGUUGUAAAUAUUAAGAUUAUACCAGCAAGAAUGAAUCUUUCUGUAAAAAAAGUGAUUUGACUCAAGUCUUACUGACUAGUGAUUUGAAUCAAGCCUUACUAAUAAUUUAAAUCGUGAUUUAAAUCAAUUUGAUUUAAAUCAAAUCCACCCUGAGUGUGGGCAAUACAGAAGUGUACUCUGGGGGAGAAAGAGACUUAAGGCUGCCCUUUGCUAGCCCAGAUGGGGGGCAAUGGAGGGCAGAGAGCUCUCAGCUUCUGAAGCACAUAGUCCAGUCAUUGGAAGGGCCCCCAGCUGCUUUGGGACUACAAUUCCCAUCAUCCCUGCCCCCUGGUCCUGUUAGCUAGGGAUGAUGGGAGUUGCAGUCCCAAAACAGCUGGAGGGCUGAGUUUGGCCAUCACCGGUUUAGAAGCUUCACAGGAAGGGGAGGCGGUGAGUGGUCUUUUUGGCUGUCCCAACAGUCUUCCUGUGACCCCCCCCCCCUUGCUGCUUCCGUCUCUCCGCCAGGUCGACCCAGAUCAAGACCUACUCGUGGGACAACGCCCAGGUCCUGCUGGUGGGGAACAAGUGCGACAUGGAGGACGAGCGGGUCGUCUCGUCGGAGCGGGGCCGCCAGCUGGCCGAGCACCUGGGUGAGUCGGCAGCCGGAAGAAGGCGCUCUGGGGGUUGUGGGAAUGAGAGAGAGGUGGAAAGCAGGAAUCCAGGAGGGGGAGAGGCUUCAGGGCUUUGCAAGGUUUCUUCUCGGCCGCCAAGGAUGGCUUCGGCAGCCUCGCAGGGUUGUUGUGACGAUGGAGGGGGGAGAGGCCCAUGGGCAGCGCCUUGAGCUCUUUGGAGGGAAAGGGCGUAUCAUGUAAUAAGAAGGAUGGAGAGGAUAGCAAUAAAAAUAAUGGUGAUGAAAAUAAUCAUGUUUCACGAUGGUAAUAAUAAUAAUUGGUGGUGGCUAAAAGACAGUGGCACCUUGGUUUUCGAACGUAAUCCAUUCCGGAAGACUGUUUGACUUCCGAAAAGCGUUCGAAGCAUUUACUUACAGAAACAUUUACUUAACAGUAAACUCAAUACGGAAGCCACAUAGCAUGUUUGACUUCGGAAAAGUGUUCGAAAACCGAAACAUUUCCUUCUGGGUUUUUGGCGUUUGACAUCCGAAACGUCCAACUUCUGAGACAUUCAAAAACCGAGGUCCCACUGUAAUACUAAGUGGUAUGAUAACAAGAAUUAAUGGUGAUUCAUAAAAUUGUUUGAAUUGGAAGGGACCCUGGAUCCAGUCCAGCCCCCUGCAAUGCAGGCAUCUCGGCUAAAGCAUCCCAGACCAAUGGCCACCCGACCUCUGCUUCAAAACCUCCAAGGAAGGAGAGACCCUUCCACUGUCAAACGGCUCUUACUGUCAGAAAAUUAUUCCUGAUAUUUAGUCCUUUCUUGGAACCUGAAGCCAUGAGUUCAUGUUUUACCCUCCAGAGCAGCAGAAAACAAGCUGGCUCCCGUCUUCCACGGGGCAGCACUCUGGAGGGAAGUUGUUUAAAACAUUUGACGCUUUGUUGUGUUUGUAAUGUUCUGUCGGGGGCCACCCUGAUUGGCUGCAUAUAAAUGAGAUAAUGCUAACAGUUACAAAAAUAAUAAUCAGACGAUUCAGGAUGAGGAUGGUGUUAAUGAUGUAAUAAUGGAAGAAGAAGAAGAAGAAGAAUAAGGGGGGGGAAUACGAGGAAGGGGAAUAUGGGAGAGGUUUGCACUCAGGUGGGGGCAGUUUCUCUCUCUGUCUCCCCCCCCCCCCAUCUUGUGUUUGGCCAAGGAAGGAGGGUCUCUGCCUUGUUGUGGGUCCUGCUGGGCGUUUUGAGAUCCCUGUUUCUCCUUCCGGGGCUCUCCUGCAUUUCCUGCCCCCCUUGCUCUCUGUCUCUCUCUGUGUUCAUUAUUUUAUUUCAUUUUUGCAACCCCCCCUUCCCCUCUGUGCCAGGGUUCGAGUUCUUUGAGGCCAGCGCCAAAGACAACAUCAACGUCAAGCAGACCUUUGAGCGCCUGGUGGACAUUAUCUGCGAAAAGAUGUCCGAGUCGCUGGACACGGCCGACCCCGCCGUCACCGGGGCCAAGCAGGGUCCGCAGCUGACCGACCAGCAAGCCCCCCCGCACCAGGACUGUGCCUGUUGA